CCAAUGAGCGCGGGCGAGCCCGGGAAGGGGGCGGCGCUUCCGAGCCGGUAUAUGGAUGCGCACGUUGCCCGUCUCUGACACCCGCUCGCCCUUUCGGCCAGGUAACGGCAUCUCUUGAGGGGAGACCAUGAUGGCAGCGGAGGCAGCGCCGGCGGGCGGCUUUCUGGGCCGAGCCCUCUCGUCCACCGAGCCCGCUCCGGCCCUCGAGAUCGGCGGCGGCUGCGGGGCCGUGGCCGAGGCGCGGGUGCUGGUGAUCAACACGGGAGGGACCAUCGGGAUGGUGCCUCAGCCGGAGGGUGAGCGAGUGAACUUGCUGGGCAGCAUGGAGGGUUGGGUCUGUGCGUGUCUCCUGUGGGAAUAAACACCCCGCGCCACCUUCCCCUCCACAUCAGGCAGAGGUCCCGGCAGGUGGGAAUUCGGCAGGUGAAGCUUUCCCCAUCACCUGUUGAACUUCAGCCUGAUAUUUUCCAGAGGGGUUGACCCAGUAGCCUGUUGCAUCAAAAGCGACAGAGUUUUAUAGUACCUCAAAGAGCAAUGCUCACCUCACCCACUUUAAAAGGUAAAGGGACCCCUGACCAUUAGGUCCAGUCGUGAUCGACUCUGGGGUUGCGGCGCUCAUCUCGCUUUAUUGGCCAAAGGAAGCCGGUGUACAGCUUCCGGGUCAUGCGGCCAGCAUGACUGAGCCGCUUCUGGUGAACCAGAGCAGAGCACAGAAAUGCCGUUUACCUUCCCACUGGAGCGGUACCUAUUUAUCUACUUGCACCUCAACGUGCUUUCGAAGUGCUAGGUUGGCAGGAGCAGGGACCAAACAACGGGAGCUCACCCCGUCACGGGGAUUCGAACCGCCGACCUUCUGAUCGGCAAGUCCUAGCCUCUGUGGUUUAACCCACAGCACCACCUGCGUCCCUCACCCACUUUACCUGGGAGUAAAUAAUUUUCUAUAGCUCAGCUGGUGGAGCAUGAGAUUCUUAAUCUCGGGGUGGUGGGUUCGAGUACCCCCAUUGGGCAAAAAAAAAAAAAGGCAUUUCAAGGGGUUGGACUAGAUGACCCUUGUGGUCCCUUCCAACUCUACAAUUCUGUGAUUCUAACAUUACAAACCAGACUUAUUCAUGAGUAGGAUUUGCUCUUAGCUUGGCUUUGGGGGGAUGGCAGAACACUCCAUCUGAUGUUAUGUGCAGAGUUGCAGGUAGUACAUGGGAGGUGGGGAUUGUGAACACGCAGCUGGCUAGAGGAAGCCCUAUGUGCGGGGUUUCUCUUCUAGCUCAGGGUAUUGGGCUACUUAUUCCUUCCUCCAAGCAGGUAUUUGGACUUGUAGAAUGGCUCAGAGUGUUCCUUUGUUUCAGUGGCUACAUGCAGAAGAGAACAAGGCUCACAUGGGCAUAGCCAGGAUUUUUGUUAGGGGGGCAGAACCUCAGUUAGCUAUAUAUUUUUAUUGAUUUUUACUAAUUUGAGGGGGCAGCUGCCCUUCCCUACCCCCCUGGCUAUGCCCAUGAAGGCUCAUGUACUGUUUAGUUAUUAGGUGAUGUGCCGUUUGUGCAUUCAAAGUUGCGGAAAUUCCAAUUAUUAAAUGGUAGAGCCAGGGGUAGGCAAUGUGGUGCCAUCUAUAUUUUGCUGGAUUCCAAUACCCACAAUCCUUAACUACUGACCAAGCUAAACUGGCAGAGGUUGAUGGGAGCUGGAGCCCAGCAACAUCGGGAGACGGCCAUGUUUGCAACCCCUGGGCUAAAGAGACACUUUAUAUAACAGAAUUUGUAGACCUCUUAAUGACCUUUUAUCCAAGAACAACAUGCUCAAGUGUCACAUAGCAUCACUCAGUUCUAUUUUUCUAGAAAAAGAGGUGCUGGAACUCACCAUGAAUACCUCCCUCGUUCUCUUAGAAUGGCAAUGGUGCCCACCUGAGAGGUGCCCGAACUAAGUCCAAGUGAGUUCCAGUUUGAAAAAGCCCAGGCAUCUCUGUUUCACAUCCUGCUGAACUUGCAACCCCAGCAGUUAAAACAAGGAUAAGGAAAUUCAGGUGGAGGCAGGGGUGUGGGGUGUCAAAUGCAUCUUCUCAAGCCUCUUUGGCCCACAAAACUCUCCCCAGGCCCUCCCCUCACUAGUCCUCCAGUGUUUUUGGCUGGCUGGUAUGUGUCUUUGAAGUCUGAUAAUCCUCCUUGUGUGCCUGAAUGGAGAGGGAUAGAGUAUAUGUGUAGAUACUAGCCUCCUGCACAAAGGUAAAAUUCACAUUCAUUGCUCUACCCAUUUUCCUCUGGCUUUGACCACCACUGACAUGUGGCCCCCAUAAUGUCGUCUGUAGGGAAAUGUGGCCCUUCGGUUGAAAAACGUAUCCCCACCCAAGUUAAUACUGGUUGGGAGAAAGGAUAUUUUCAUUACCUUUCAGUAUGUGUUUAUAGCCAAAGUUGAGAUGCUAAUCUGCAUUAGUGAGUUUGAAACCAUGGAACAUAGUUUAGUAAACACAGAAUGUGAGAGCAUGGCUACUGCAACUCCACCUACAAGGUCACAGCUUUCUCCAGAUCACCAUUAAUGUAGAGCAGCAAUUUCACUAAUGCAGAGACUGAAGAAGUGGGAUGUUUACCCUUCUGCCACUCUUUAACCAUUCUGAUCAAUCUGUGUGCAGUAAUGUGGUUUUGAAAGUGGAGUUUGUUCAAGACCUGUGGUUUUCAAAAUCAGGGUAGCUAGAAUGUGGCAAAAGGUGAUAAUUCUUCAUCCCUUUGAUGUAUGCUUAGCUGCAUUAGUUAAUUCAGAAAUGAGGUAUCAAAUAGAAGUGACAUUAGGAGUUCUGUGAGAAGAUCUUCUAUGUAUUUUGCCGUUAGGUAAAAGGAGCCAUCUCCAUUUCUUUUCUUUUUCCCUUCCACUAUGGACAAACUCAUUACAUUUUCCUUUUCGCAGUUGCUACCAGUGCUGUUUACUUGUUAUUAGCCGUUGGAGAGCAUUGGUUGCAAGAUGACAACUUUAUUUAUUACAUUAGCUCAUGCUUCAGUCAGGCUAAGUCCACACCGUACAUUUAAAGCACACACACCUCUGAAUCUUGGGAAUUACAGUUUGUUAAGGGUGCUGGGAAAUGUAGCUCUGGGAGAAGUAAACUACAGUUGUCAGGAUUUAGGGGUAAUUUAAAUGUAUGGUGUGUAUGUAGCCUCCAUUUCUUUGUAAAACAGGGCAGUUUUGUGCAACAGGACAGGGACAAAUCAUCUUAUUUCAUAUUUUGCUUCAGGAAGGAUAAACUCAACUGUUUACAUGCAAUGUAUGAGACAGACUGAGAUCCUACAAGUUUAGAGAAAGUCAAGAUUCCUUAGUAUGGCAUUACUUGUGCUGAAGUGGACCAUACUGUGCUUGUGCUUAUUCCAUUUAAUAAAUCCGUUAUACCUUUCCAUUGUAGAGAUCUGCCGGAGGUCAUUAAUUCGUUAUAGUUUUUAAGGAUAACGUUCAUUAAUUUUAAGACGGGUAUGCAACAGACAACUCACCCUUUGAUUAGUCUUAAUCACACUUGUUACUUUGAAAAUACAGGAUUCAUAAUGAAAGCUUGUGAACCAUGUGUAGUUCUGAAUCAACCUAGGAUGGUUCCAUUUUCCUCAUCUGAAUUGAUUGAUUGCAUUCCUUCCUCAGCAAAAGCAAAUAAAAACAAAUAGCAGCAACAGGGGGUAGGUGUGGGUUGGUGCAAUCAAGAUAAGGAAAACUAACAGAAGGGAAAAGUUACUAGUAUGGGUAUAUUACAUUACAUUAUAUUAUUUAUUUAUUACAUUUGUCAGUAGCUUUAUUCUGUGGUUCAGCUCAAGUGGCAAAAUAUCUUGGGCUGGCCUUGGGAGGGAGAGAGAAAGGAUGCAAGAGAGGGCAGUGAUGAUCUUAAGUUAAGAGAUAAAUGCAUAGAUGGGCAAUUUAAAAAAUGUAUAGAAGUACAGAGGGAUUUAAAAGCACAGCCAAAGAGAAAAUAAAAGCAGAAUGAGUGAAAAAUAGCUUUUUUGCCUUCUUUACCUGGUAGUCCUGUCUUUGUAACUUUGUUAGGAGAGUCAUUAAUGAUGGCAGUUUUCACCUGGGUGACAUGGAAAGCAUUGGGUGGUAUUCAAUGUGCUUGUCACAGGGCAAGGAUUUAUGCCUGCGCAAUGGAACUCCUCCCCUCCUCUCUCACCCCCCCCCCCGAGAAUCAGAGGGAAUUUAGAGAAGCAAGCAACCAUCUUCUUUGGCAGGAUGUUAACAAAACCACUCCUGGAAGAGGGGGACCUAAGCCCCACCAGAAAUGCAGUGGGAGGAUGGGCAGCCAUGGCAUGCCUCCAACAAUUCCAAAAAAAGAGGGCUUCCUAACUCCAACCUCAUUUUAGUCCGUCUUAUCUGCUGCAUUGGAAAGCUCUUCUCAUCUAUUGGAGAAGCAGCUGUACUGCAUGGUUGGGCUUCUGAGCUUGUGCAAGUGUCUGCCUGCCUCCACGAUUCAUUCUGGAUUGCAGGAUUGCUAUGGCCCAGAGGCACCCAAUGAAGUGCUGAUUCCGAGGAAUGGUGAAAUGUGAGAGGCUAAUCUGGGACCGCUUGGAAGAAGGCCAAGGGCCACAGAUUGCCCACCUCUGUUAUGUAUGUUAUAUACAGUCAUAAAAAGGUAAAGGGACCCUGACCAUUAGGUCCAGUCAUGACCGACUCUGGGGUUGUGGCGCUCAUCUCGCUUUAUUGGCCGAGGGAGCAGGCGUACAGCUUCCGGAUCAUGUGGCCAGCAUGACCAAGCUGCUUCUGGCGAACCAGAGCAGCGCACGGAAACACCGUUUACCUUCCCGCCGGAGCGGUACCUAUUUAUCUACUUGCACUUUGACGUGCUUUCGAACUGCUAGGUUGGCAGGAGCAGGGACCUAGCAACGGGAGCUCACCCCAUCACAGGGAUUCGAACCGCCAACCUUCUGAUCGGCAAGUUCUGGGCUCUGUGGUUUAACCCACAGCGCCACCCACGUCCCAUAUACAGUCAUGCCUUGGGAUAAAUACGCUUCAGGAUAAGUAUUUUCGGGUUGUGCUCCAUGGCGACCCGGAAGUAACGGAGCGCGUUACUUCCGGGUUUCGCUGCUUGCGCAUGCUCAGACAGUCAAAAUGACGUCAUGCGCGGAAGCGGCGAACGCUUACGUUCUGUUCAGGAUGCGAAUGGGGCUCUGGAAUGGAUCCCGUUCGCAUCCCGAGGUACCACUGUAUAUGAAUGUAAGCCGUCCAGAGUGGCUGAGGAAACCCAGCCAGAUGGGUGGGGUAAUAAUAAUAAUAAUAAUAAUAAUAAUAAUAAUAGUAAUUCUGAAGCCUCUAGGUAUAGGCAGACGGAGAUAAUUCAGAUGGACUCUAAAUGUAUAGCACCAUCUGGAUCCUGUACAUCAUGGGAAAGGUUUCUUUGGUCUUAGCUGUGCAAUUUACAUUAUGUAUUUCAUCAGUUGGGAACAAAGCAUAUGUGUAGCAAGUCAGCUGGAAACCGAACACUCGUCUGCUGCAUCUAUUGAAAACAAAAGUGCAGAGUUUCUGUCAGUUUGCCACUUCCUUUCCCACCUCCACAUUCUCAGAACUUGCACUUCUUGUAAGGAGGUAGUACUUGAGAUGUGAAUCAUUGAAUGCUCUGUAAUAUACGUUCCCACUGAAUUCAUUUUGCAUUAAAGAAUGUACUGUACAAUUUUCAUUCAUUUCUAGAUGUAUCCCUGGAUGUAACAAGUUAAGCCAUGUUGUCAAAAUUUCCCACUUUUUAAUAGUGGAAAAACAAAAACAAAAUGUAUUUUUCUCUCUCCAAUAUUUUUCAGGUUAUUUUCAGUUGCAAAUAGUAUGUACUGAUCUCGGCUCUUGAAAUUCUAGCACAUGAAUGUGCUCAAAAUCACUGCUUAUGGCAACUAUCCUAAAUUAUGCAUGUAGCAAAAUUCUGUGUGUGUUUUCCUGCAAGUCCUGCAAGGAAAUCAAUGGCAUUCAAUGUAGAGUAUAAACAUUCAUUUGCCAUUACACUGUUUUUCUUAUCUGCAUUUUUCAUCAGAGAUGACUCGAUCUGUAAUACAUUAAGGAAAUAGCUAUUUUAUCUGCAGUGGAACUGGAUGUUUAUGUGUCUUUGCCCAAGGGCUUAUGUGUCAAUCAUUAAUAAACAGUUAGUGUCUUGAUCCAACUUUCAUUUUCCAUGUGUGAGUUCUAUGGAAGUUAAGACUGCAGGUAGAUUUUAGUUAUUUCAGAUUUGAAACACACAUAUUUCCCAGUUUACCAUUCGGAUUGUUUAUUUCUGUUUACAGACAGUAACCUGUCCCCCACAAAAAGCUUGUUACUUGCCUCUGGAGGUUUUCAAGCAGCUUCACCCUCCUUGUUUCCUUUCUAAUUUAGGCAGAGGAUUGCAACAGCUGCGUGUGUCAUGUUUAUUGUGAGCACUGCCCUUAGCAAACACUUCAGAUGUUAGUGAAAUGUGGCAAAGUGGGUGAAGUUAGGUUUCCCUGCAAGCCCAUCCCUUUUAGGGAGUGUUCUCUUAGAAACCUCUAACCUUGACUUUAGCUUCUGUCCUACAUGAAUACCUGCAUCCUGGACAUAUGGGCCAGCUAUGUCUAAUCUUAUUUAAAAAAAUAUUUCCCCCCCAAACAUAACAUAAACAAAAGCAAAUAAAAAUAAAAUAAAUUGCCAGCUGACAUUAACAACAACAUUAACAAUAUUCCAUCCUAAUUUAAACGUAAUAGUGUAGGAUUCACCUAAUAUGACCUGUCUUGUGGAAGCUCUGUGCAACAAUAUCUGCUUGUGAAAUGGGGCCUUUGCAUCCUGUGCACCCCCAAAAUUGGCUCUUUUGGGGGUGUCAGGGAAAUGCUUGAAGCCACAAAUUAAUAUAGGCAGUCCAUAUAUAAAUGAUAUCAUGCUUAUAAACCACUAUUAUAAGCUGUGUUCAAACAGAAAAGGCAGCGUGUGGGAAUGUUCAGGGAUGCAGGAGAGCAUAUAUUGUUUGAUUACAGUGGUACCUCGGGUUAAGAACUUAUUUUGUUCUGGAGGUCUGUUCUUAACCUGAAACUGUUCUUAACCUGAAGCACCACUUUAGCUAAUGGGGCCUCCUGCUGCUGCGCCGCCGCUGCACAAUUUCUGUUCUCAUCCUGAAGCAAAGUUCUUAACCUGAGGUAAUAUUUCUGGGUUAGUGGAGUCUGUAACCUGAAGCGUAUGUAACCUGAAGCAUAUGUAACCCGAGGUACCACUGUAUAUCCUUUCCAACUUGUGUUAAUAAGUUCCACAGUUUAGCAGAGUAACAUUCCCCUUUUUAAACUUGCACAGCAGAUACGUUUGCUCAGGCUCGCUAAAGCCUCUAUAAUAAGUUUUGUUGCUAAUUCCCCAUUUAGUCCCUCAUAAAAAGAUAGACAUGACACAGUCAGUAAUAAUAAUAAUAAUAAUAAUAAUAAUAAUAAUAAUAGUAAUAUAUUUAUACCCCGCCCAUUUGGCUGGGUUUCCCCAGCCACUCUGGGCGGCUUCCAACAAAACACUAAGAUACAAUAACCUAUUAAACAUUAAAAGCUUCCCUAAACAGGGCUGCCUUCAGAUGUCAUCUAAAAGUUUGGUAGUUAUUUUUCUCUUUGACAUCUGGUGGGAGGGUGUUCCACAGGGUGGGUGCCACUACCGAGAAGGCCCUCUGGCUGGGUUCCCUGUAAGAUGGCUUCUCGCAGUGAGGGAACCGCCAGAAGGCCCUCGGUGCUGGACCUCAGUGUCUGGGCAGAACAAUGGGGGUGGAGACGCUCCUUCAGGUAUACUGGACCGAGGCCGUUUAUGACUUUAAAGAUCAGCACCAACACUUUGAAUUAUGCUUGGAAACGUACUGGGAGCCAAUGUAGAUCUUUCAAGACCGGUGUUAUAUGGUCUUGGCGGCCGCUCCCAGUCACCAGUCUAGCUGCCGCAUUCUGGAUUAGUUGUAGUUUCUGGGUCCUCUUCAAAGGUAGCCCCACAUAGAGCGCAUUGCAAUAGUCCAAGCGAGAGAUAACUAGAGCAUGCACCACUCUUUUUAUAAAAGUAUAAAAAAGAAUUUACUCACACAUUCUGUUCACAAUUGGAUCCCAGAAGGCAGACUUAGCUUAGAAAAGCAAUAUACUCCUGGAAACUAUCCCAUAAGGAAACAGUCCCUUUGUCCUCUCUUGGCUGGAAGAGAGGACAUCUUAGGCUAAGCAGAUGUUGCUUCUUUGAUGAAUGUAGUCAGAGAGAGAGAGAGAUGGCUGACCAGUCCUGCUCUUCUGUUACCUGGGCAGGUGAGGUCACACCCACCUCUAGUCACAUGCAGAGGAAGUCUGUCCCAGACAGGAGAAACAGGAAGUUCUGAUUGGCUGGUCCAGACAUCCCCUUUUAUGUCUGCUCUAGGGAAGUUGUACUUGAGUUGACUGCUCUUGAGUUUCACAUCCCACACAGUGAGCUCUUAAGACCAUUGAGUAGUAGAUGGUGGGUGUUUGUCCUUCCAGCCUUGGAGUAUAUGUCUUUUUGCCACCAUAAGGGAUGGCAGAUGAACAACUUAAGAUAUAAUUUAAGAGUGUAUGAACAUGAUCUGUGUCUAAUUUUUGGUGCACAAAUUUGUAUACAAGUUUUAACCUUAUGCAAUUAGCACGACAUUUCGAGGAACUAGCCUUUAUGGUGUCUUGAGAUUGCUGCUAUUUUUUGUCAUCUUGUUAUUUACUAUUCAAUCUUUUUAAAUUGUAUAAAAUAAAAUAAAUAAAAAUUGCAGGCAUUUAUCCAGAGGUUUUGGGUUGUUUUUUUUUUGCUGCUGCCAUGCUCUUAUUAUUUUAUGUCAUUUAUUUAAUAUUUGUAUAUGUGUAAGCUGUUUCAUACAUGUUUUUUUAAAAUAAUUUUUAUUGAAUGGUUUUAUGUUACAAAAAACAAUACAGCCAUACUACCACUAAAUAUAAUUAAGAAAUAAAAAAUUACAUACAUCGAUAUUUAGUUUGUUAUUUGUUAUUUACCAUCUUAUUUCCUCCCAAACAUUGCAUACAACACACAUAUGUGCAGACACCCACACACCCACACCCGCACAGAAAAUGAUAAUAAUGAAAGUAAAUAUUUUUCCCCUUUUAUCUUCCAAAAUCUUUGCUUCAACUUUGACUUCUUCUCAAGUCCCUUUGCAUACGUUUUAUCUUACAUUCGAAUGUACACAAAACAAUAAACCUUUCUAUAUAAUUUUUCUAAUACAUUCUGAAAACAUAAUAAAUCCUUAAUUGUAGUCCACCUCCUUUAUCACUCGAAUGCUAGCACGGAGUCAAAACUAUUAUUGUAUUUUUGAACAUAUUUUUUAUAAACAUCCCAUUUUUGCUUUGAGUUUCCUCUGAGUUUCCUAGUCAGUUGAGCCGUCUCCACCAAUUCCUGUAAUUUGAUUUGCCAAUCUGUUAUUUUUGGAGCCUCGUGAUCCUUCCAUCCCUUGGCCCCAAGUAUACGAGCCGACACCAAGUAUACUGCGGUUGCAUACAAAAAUACCUCUCUUAGAUUUUUUGGGAUCUCUUUAUCUAAAAUACUUAAUAGAAAUGCCUCCGGUUUUUUAGUAAAAGUUAUCCCCAUCAUCUUUUUUAAUUCAUCGUAUAUUUCCCCCCCCAAAAUAGUUUCAUACAUGUUUUGGAGAGAUGGUGUAAAAUGCCAUUAAAUAAAUAAGAAAGCAAAUAAAUAAAUAAAUAAAUAAAUAAAUAAAUAAAUAUCAGAAGCCUAUGCUGUAUUUGUAGAAUUUAAACCAGUUUUCUUAUAUACCUUGAGCAGAAGAUAAGGAGGUUCAACUGUCAGAUAAGAAAUUAACGAACAUUUUCUUUUAUUCACAUUUUUCUUUUCUUCCUUCUGUUUUCUCAGGCCUUGCUCCUGAGGCCAACAUGCUAGCAGGGGCCCUGAAGAAGAUCCCAAUUCUUCACGAUGCAACAUAUGCCGAGGAAACGAAUCUGUAUUCCCGCCUUCACCUUGGAGAUGACACCUUGGUGCUUCCGUAUGUAUUAGGGAAAGAAGAGUUUCCUUAGAAUUCUGAAUCUUUCUGUGUAGUAGCAUGUGCUUUUAGCUUUUUACCUGAUUGUUAAGGCUUUGUAUAAGCCGCUGUACAGAAGUACCGUAUUUUUUGCUCCAUAACACUCACUUUUUUCCUCCUAGAAAGUAAGGGGAAAUGUCUGUGCGUGUUAUGGAGCGAAUGCCUACGGAUGGCAGGGGGAUCUGCUGCAGUCAUGAGCAGAGGAUCCAUGGUUCCCCUUCCUUCCCUCCUCCGUGGCUCGCUUUGAAACAGCAAAGUGGGAGAAGAGCCGCUGAGUGAGGAGGAGAGAGGGACAGAGAGCCUGGUUACAAAGCACGGAUCCACAUGGAUCCUCAGGAUUUUUGCACUGGGUCACCCCAAAUUCACCAUCAGAUCACAUAGCAUGUUCAUGGCUACAGCUUGCACCAAAAAAAUCACGCACCCACUGUUGCCUGGGGCCACAGUGGUGCAAAAUCGUGGUUACAAAGCAUGGAUCCACAUGGAUCCUCAGGAUUUUUGCAUUGGGCUACCCCAAAUUCACCGUCAGAUCACAUGUCUGUGGCCACAGCAUGAACCACAAAAAUCAUACAUCCACUGUUUCGUUUAGAAUAUUUUUUUUCUUGUUUUCCUCCUCUAAAAACUAUGUGCGUGUUAUGGUCGGGUGCGUGUUAUAGAGCAAAAAAUACGGUAGCAUAGGAUGUGACAUGUGCCAGAAAUCAGAUUCCUGAACACCUCAGAUUUCAUUUCUUUUCAAGGCAAAUUUCAGACCUUCAUGGUUGGAGAUACUGUAUGUUUGAAACUGUUUGGGUGAUGAAAUCUAAGAAGCCAGUGGGUUGACUGAGGCUCAUGCACACUUUUACUUGGUCCAUAUUUUGAUUGUACUGUGUACUGAUUAAUUCUCCUGGAUCCGAGAACUUUUCUCAUUAAUUUACAGCUUUGGCUUGCAAAAAUCCAAUCUUACUUGCUGCAUUGGAUCAUAUCAGGCACUCAGAAAAUUCAAAGAAAGUUUGCUAACCAACCUUCAGUUCAGCCGGUAACUUUCUCCAAUGGACAGCAGAUUUGCUGUUCAUUAGAGAAGUACCUUGGGAAUUUGAUUAUCUUUUUUAUAACAGCAUACCACUGAGAAGAGUAGUAAUUAAUACAGUUACAGUGGUACCUUGGGUUAAGUACUUAAUUCAUUCCGGAGGUCCAUUCUUAACCUGAAACUGUUCUUAACCUGAAGCACCACUUUAGCUAAUGGGGCCUCCUGCUACCGCUGAGCCGCCAGAGCACAAUUUUUGUUCUCAUCCUGAAGCAAAGUUCUUAACCCGAGGUAAUAUUUCUGGGUUAGCGGAGUCUCUAACCUGAAGCGUAUGUAACCCGAGGUACCACUGUAUUUACAAAAAAAGGAAAAAAAAGUGGUUGGCAGAUUGUGUUAGAAGAGGUAUUCCUUUUUCUGUCUUACUCAUGAAGGAAUACUUUUUCUAAGAUGGUACCUGCUGUAUUGUGUGUAUAUCAUCUUGAACAAAGGUUACUUUUGGUUUUAGAACUCUUAUUUUUUUUUACAUGCAUAAGAACAAAAGAAGGUCCAUGUAACUGGAUGCAGAUUUAAUUGUCCAAUAUUUCAACUGGCUAAGAUUUCUACAACAGAAUAGCAGAUCAGAUAGGAAGAGAAGUUUAUGAAGUUCAAUUUGUGUCACAGAGUGAACUUCCUCAGAUAGCAACAAUAUCCCCUUAUAGGCUUUCUUACCAUGCACAGCCCAGUGUUCAGGUCUCCAGUGGAAAAGGGGUUGCAACUAAAAUAGUUCAUUGCAUAAAAAGUUUUUUUUUCUUCUUCUCAGCAUUUCUAGACAAAAUAAAAGAAUUAUCUACACCAUCCUGGAACUUUCUCCACUGCUUGAUUCUUCAAACAUGACUCCAGCUGAAUGGGACAAGAUUGGCAGUCUCCUUGAGGUAUUCUGGAUUACUCUUGUAAUGCUGUUGGUCACAGAAAAAAUAUUGAGCCAUAGCCAACUAAAUAAAUUUUGUGAGCAGAACAACUUUCGCUUUCAUAACGGGUCUUCUCUCCUCCCCUCCUCUGGGUGCAUCCCACAUCAUCUCCAGAUCUGAUCCGAAGGGUUGGGAGAACCCUCAGAACAUAUCUAGGGGACCACAUGGGGAGAGGAGUCACAUGCCAUAUGUAGAAGUCCUCAUGCAGAGAGUUACUUAGCACUAUUUGGAAACAACCAUUGUCUUUCACAUUGUGAUCCCAACAGCCUAGAAUAGUUUACAUGCUGACAAAAAGAAACCACUUUCAGUAUCCAUAGGGUAACUGGCAGGAUGUUUCAACACAUGCUAUUCUUUACCAAUCUUCACUGCUGACCAGCAAAUGAAGCACAUGAAUGGUUUUUUUUUUAAUAUUCACAAUAACAUUUCCAUUUCACUCCUCUUUAAAAAUACAUGCAUACCUUUAAAGCUUAUUGCAACAUAAGAUUUGCUCCUCAAGGGAUGACUUUCUGAAGCAAUCUCAUGACCACGUUGCUAGAGCAACAGCAAAAGUCCCUACAUAAUCCAGAGUUUUGGUUCUACCCAAAGUUUCUAGGAUUCAUCUGUAAACAGGAUCUAACUGGAAUCUAGGAUCCUGCUCACAGAAUUGUCCAUGGAAAAGUCUGAUGUAACUUUAAUGCAAUCAGUUUUCUUUUGCAUAGUUCUGGUUUGUGUUUCUUGCAACACAUCACCGUUCUUUAUCUUGCCACUGCAACUUCCAGUUAAAAUCUGUUUGGCCACAAGGUGGAGGCAUAAUGCAGCUUUGAGCACUGCAAGGUUUAUGCAUGGUAAUGCCAGUUAGACUUUUCUGGAGCACAAAACAUUUUGGCCUUGAGUUAUUGAGGAACAUAAUUGAUUUUUUUAAGCACUUCAGUGGGAUGAGAAAUGGAGGACUCAUAGCUCAUUGGUAAAACACAUGCUUCCCAUGCAUAAAGUCUAGGGUUCAGUUCCUGACAUCUCUAAUCAAAGGACCUGUGGCUGCAAGAAAGCUUUAUGCUGAAGACCUUCAAGAGUUGCUGCUUGUUAGAGUAGGCAGUAUUGGGUGAGAUGCAUCCAGUGGUCUGACUCAAUGGUGUAUGGCAGCUCUCAAUAUACAGAAGUAUUGACUUGCGUUGCAUUUUUGUGAUUAUGCCUAAAAGCUCUGUGAUGAGUGGGCAGUUCUGGGCUAGAUAAGCCAUGAAUCUGACUAAGGCAACUUCAUAUAUUCUUCAUACUUUUGGGGGAAACUGCCCUGGAAUUUUUGAUCUGCCAAAUCGGGGAAAGCUAACAUGAUGUCUUCCAGAUAAUACUGCACCACAACUGUCCUCAGCCCUAGCAAGCAUGGCUUAUGGUCAGGGACAAUGGUCACGAAUGAUGAGAGCCGUAGUGCAGUAACAUCUGGACGGCAUUACGUUUGCUGUUACAUUAACAAAGGACUUUCAAAUAAACUGCACCCAAUGUCUAUACAUUUCAUAAUAAUAAUAAUUUAUUAUUUGUACCCCGCCCACCUGGCUGGGUUUCCCCAGCCACUCUGGGCGGCUUCCACAGAGACCAAAAAUACACUAAAAUGUCACACAUUAAAAACCUCCCUGAACAGGGCUGCCUUAAGAUGUCUUCUGAAUGUCAGGUAGUUGUUUAUCUCUUUGACAUCUGAAGGGAGGGUGUUCCACAGGGCGGGCGCCACUACCGAGAAGGCCCUCUGUCUGGUUCCCUGUAACCUCACUUCUCGCAAUGAGGGAACUGCCAGAAGGCCCUUGGUGCUGGAUCUCAGUGUCUGGGCUGAACAAUGGGAGUGGAGACGCUCCUUCAGGUAUACAGGACUGAGGCCGUUUAUGUAAGAAUGAAUAAACAGGUUACCUCGGUUUAUGAACUUAAUCCAUUCCAGAAGUCUGUUCUUAAACCAAAACCGCUCUUAAACCAAGACGCACUUUCCCUAAUGAGGCCUCCUGCCACUGGAGCCCUUCUGCUUUUUGGAUUCUGUUCUUAGGUAAAGGUAAAGGGACCCCUGACCAUUAGGUCCAGUCGUGGCCGACUCUGGGGUUGCGGCGCUCAUCUCACUUUAUUGGCUGAGGGAGCCGGCGUGCAGCUUCCGGGUCAUGUGGCCAGCAUGACUAAGCUGCUUCUGGUGAACCAGAGCAGCGCACGGAAAUGCCAUUUACCUUCCCGCCGGAGCGGUACCUAUUUAUCUACUUGCACUUUGACGUACUUUCGAACUGCUAGGUUGGCAGGAGCAGGGACCGAGCAACGGGAGCUCACUCCGCCACGGGGAUUCAAACCGCCGACCUUCUGAUCGGCAAGCCCUAGGCUCUGUGGUUUAACCCACAGCGCCACCCGCCACCCGCCAAACCAUAUAUAUAUAUAUAUAUAUAUAUAUAUAUAUAUAUAUAUAUAAAUUUGUCCAGUAGCACCUUAGAGACCAACUACGUUUGUUCUGGGUAUAAGCUUUCGUGUGCGUACACACUUCCUUCAGAUACACUGAAACAGAAGUCACCAGAUCCAUAUAUAUAGUGGGAGGGUGGGGUGGGGUUUUUCUCAGGAGGGUAGUAGGAGAUGGGUGAUUGACUAAAUGGGUAUGGUAAACCUGUUGAGGACUGUUAACGACUGCAAUUAGUCCUAAGGAAAAAGCAAGGGAUAGUAUGCAGAUUAUUAGCAUAUGUAAUGAGACAGGAAUCCAAUAUCUCUAUUAAGACCAGGUCUCUCCAUAGUUUUCAGUUUAGUGAUAAGUUGUAAUUCAACAACUUUUCUUUCAAGUCUAUUUCUGAAAUUCUUUUGUAAUAAGACAGCUGCUUUGAGGUCCUGUACUGAAUGUUCUGGGAGGUGGAAGUGUUCUCCUACUGGCUUCUCUGUCUUGUGAUUCCUGAUGUCAGAUUUAUGACCAUUCUCAAACCAAGACACUAUUUCCGCUUUUGUGGAGUUUGUAAACCAAAUUGUUCUUACACCGGACUGUUCUUAAACUGAGGUACCACUGUAUAUAGCUCCAUGCCAUCUUUUGGACAGAAGAGGGCAGCCUUACAUUAGAGAUUUGCCUCUCUUGAGAUUGGAUGCUGGGCCUUCCUCCUCAUAUGUACUAUUACAAUGGCCCCAGUUUGCUUAAUCUGUUCCCGUAAAUGGUAUAAUCCCCAACUAAAAGAGGCGACAAAGAAAUCAGACCAUAUGACUCAUUUGCAUAUGUUAACAUUCCUGUUUUAAAGCAACUGCUAAGCUUUUCUUAAUUAGCAGUCUUCCUCUGGUUAAGGACACAUCAUUAAUAUGUAUACACUGAAGAACAGGUCUUUGAAUUUUCUCAUAAUUAGCUACUGAAAGAACUUCAUUUUCUGUUGGCUGUAUUCUUUAACAAUUAAUUAUGUUCAAGUCAGAGCUUCUCUGGAAGGAAACAUUCAAAUGUGAGAUAGGAAUAAACAAAUAAAUAUGGCUCCAUUGGUACAGUGUUUUGUUUUGUUUGUUGUUAGGCACACAGCCUGCCUCCUCGGUAAUAUAAGACAGUGUGGUGUAGUGCUUAGAUUGUUGGACUAGGACCUGUGAGACCAUGAAGCUCACUGGGUAACCUUGGGCCAGUCACUGUCUCCAUCCUAACCUACCUUGCAAGGUUGUUGUGAGAAUGAAAUGGGGAGGACAGAAUUACGGGUGGGAUUCUGCUAAUGAGUCCCAGCAGUGGAAGCCCAGCACAAGGCAUUCUGCUUGAGGAAUGGGACUUCUUUCUACCCUGUGCUUCCAGAAAUUGGCUCAGGAGGGGUCCAAGAUAACCCGCAAAACAGCAUGUGGAGGGAAGAGAGGGGUGAUUGUUCCACCUGGCAAACAGAAAUGCUUGCCUUGAUGGAACAGAUUAACUUAGUGCGAUGUUGAGUCCCACCCUAGGCACGUCAUCUUGAGUAUACAUAAAUCUUAAUAAGUCUGGUUUGUUCUUCUGGCUAAAUAUACACUUAAAAAACCAAACCAGAAUUGUCUCACAAUGGCAGUGUUUGUAUGUCACAACAAACCAUGGUUUAUCACGAUGAGAGGAAAUUUAUUUUUAUACCACCUUUAAAGGUGAUUUACAAAACAUUUUAUGUGCCCACACACAUAUACCAUACUUUUCCGUGUACAAGACGAGGUUAUUUUAUUUAAAAAUUAUGUUUAAAAAUGGGGGUCGUCUUAUACACGGAUAGUGCAUGGGGGGGGGAGUGGGAUUGGUUGCUGCCGCGAGCCAGAAGUUAUCAGCUGUUAUUGUACGUGUUAUUGGUGGCUGCGGCAAGGGCAGGUGUUGAUUGGCUGUCACUGCAGCAAUUGGGCGGGCGAUUGGCGAGGGGACAGAUGAUAGGUGGCUUUUGCAACACGUGUGGGUGGUAGGUUAGGCAGAUCAGCGUUUUUUGGCAAUCCCCCCUAAAAAAAGCUCAGCAAAUCUGGCCAAUCUCCCCCCAUUUUCUUAAUUUGGAGUCCCCAAAAAUAGGGGGCGUCUUAUACACGGGGGCAUCUGAUACACGGAAAAAUACAGUAUAUACACUUAUACAAUAAUAUUAAAACAGCAUUCCAAAUAAAAAUUAAAAUGCAAGUAAUAGUUGUUCCCCCUGCCGCCACUGUAUGUUGCUUCAAUAUUUGAAUGCUGGCACCUAGAAUGCAUUUGGUCAUUUGAAAAUUAUUUAACAGCAUGUUAGAGGAAGAUAGUACUAUACUAAAAAAUCAACUUAUUUGGUGUAGUUUCUUCCCCUUUAAAAAUUCAUGUUGUUUGACUCUCCCCAGACUAUCAUUCCUGACCGUUUUUAGAAUUUAUCUUCUUAAUGUGAGAAAUUUGUUCUCUAUCAACAGAUAUACUAUGAAAAGUAUGAUGGCUUUGUGAUCCUUCACGGCACAGACACAAUGGCCUAUACAGCCUCAGCAUUGUCAUUCAUGUGUGAGAACCUGGGUAAAACCAUUGUACUGACGGGAUCUCAGGUAAGCUGCUUCCUUGAAAACUGAGCAGGGUGGGCUCUGUCUUGUGUCAAAGUUAAGCUGACACGUACAAGGUGGGUGUCUCAUUCUUACACAUAGCAGCCUUGGGAGGUAUGUGCUUAAUGUGUCUUAUUCCACAGAUAGGGGACACAAGGCUGUCUACUGGGGGAAAUGGGGCACAGCCCCACCAAACUCAUUCUGCCCUCAGUCAGCCCCCACCUGCCUGCCUCCUUCCCUACAACCUGUCCAGGGCACUGGCUGUCAGCUUCCUCCUCCAUGGUCUCAGUGUUGCCUUUGUAGAACACAGAGGAGGAUGGGGAGAAAACUGGAAUUACUUAUGUUAGCCGGUCAUUAGCACUGGCUCCAGGUCCACUGGGCAUAAUCCACCGCUGUCCUACCCUAAAACCACUAGUGUCUGGAGGCGGUUGGAGGAUGCAUGGCGGCUAACAGAUUGAGGUUGAAUUCUGACAAGACAGAAGUACUGUUUUGGGGGGACAGGGGGCGGGCGGGUGUGGAGGACUCCCUGGUCCUGAAUGGGGUAACUGUGCCCCUGAAGGACCAGGUGCACAGCCUGGGAGUCAUUCUGGACUCACAGCUGUCCAUGGAGGUGCAGGUCAAUUCUGUGUCCAGGGCAGCUGUUUACCAGGCUGAGACCCUACCUGCCCGCAGACUGUCUCGCCAGAGUGGUGCAUGCUCUAGUUAUUUCUCGCAUGGACUACUGCAAUGCGCUCUAUGUGGGGCUACCUUUGAAGGUGACCCGGAAACUACAACUAAUCCAGAAAGCAGCAGCUAGACUGGUGACUGGGAGCGGCCGCCGAGACCAUAUAACACCGGUCUUGAAAGAACUACAGUGGCUCCCAGUACUUUUCCGAGCACAAUUCAAAGUGUUGGUGUUGACCUUUAAAGCCGUAAAUGGCCUUGAUCCAGUAUACCUGAAGGAGUGUCUCCACCCCCAUCGUUCUGCCCGGACACUGAGGUCCAGCGCUGAGGGCCUUCUGGCGGUUCCCUCACUGCGAGAAGCCAACUUACAGGGAACCAGGCAGAGGGCCUUCUCGGUAGUGGCACCCGCCCUGUGGAACGCCCUCCCACCAGAUGUCAAAGCGAAAAAUAACUACCAAACUUUUAGAAGACAUCUGAAGGCAGCCCUGUUUAGGGAAGCUUUUAAUGUUUAAUAGGUUAUUGUAUUUUAGUGUUUUGUUGGAAGCCACCCAGAGUGGCUGGGGAAACCCAGCCAGAUGGGCGGGCUAUAAAUAAUAAAUUAUUAUUAUUAUUAUUAUUAUUAUUAUUAUUAUUAUUAUUUAGUAGCCUUGCUUUGGGGGUGGGGGAAGAGAAAUACAGUAUAGAUAGCCAGCGUCUUUCCUCCAGUGGGGCUAAUAGCAGUUUUGGAGGGGGUGAUUUUGGGUGGGGAAAUGGGGUGUUGAAGGGAACAAUUAGGCUCCUCUUCCAUCAGCAUUAGUGGUGUGGUGACAUUAGCAGUCUACUGUGCAAUGUUUUGAAGUACAGUAAAGGGAACCAAAGCAAAGGAAGGUCUGAUAGAUCUCUCUUGCCACUGGCAGUUUUGCCCUUAGUCACCUGCCAAAGAAGAAUCCACGGUUGUCCCAGGAUAAUGGGCUGCCGGUGAACCAGCCCCAUCGGGCAGCUGGCUGCCACAUUUUGCACUAACUGAGGUUUCCAAAUAAUAUGCAAGGCUGUAGGUUGUCUACUGGGGGAGGGAGGGUGUGUCGUAAUUGGCAAGUGAUAUUUCUUCCAGGUUGAAAUCUCCACUCUCCCUCCUCUCCCUGCCAGCAUAAAGAAUAUGCAAAAUUAAAGGAUAACUUUAUGAGGGUUGGGGAGAUUAUAUUUUAAAUUCAACUGGAGAAAUUCCACCAUCUGCCAUAGUUUAGAAUGAUGGAGAAAUACGUCCACGUUCCAAUAAAUCAUCUGAUAAGAGAACGUUGCAUUAAUUAUUCAUGGAUUUACACUUGCUUGUAUUACAUAUCCGGAGUCUCCUCCAGCCCCCUAUCUUGCUGCUGCUGCUGUGUGUGUUUUCAACAGCAGUCAUUUCUUAUUCUCUCUCUUUCUUUCUAGGUACCCAUAUACGAACUGAGAAAUGAUGGUAGAGCCAAUCUUCUGGGGUCACUGCUCUUUGCUGGACAAUUUGUAAUCCCUGAGGUCCGGUCACCUUCUUGCUGCUAGCCUUACCUCUACUUGUCCUGCAUGCCUCUCUAUACUUGAUGAUUAUCACCCCAGUCCUUUCACUGACAUUUCAGAUUUUGCAGAAAUUCAGAUAUUGCAGUCAGCGUACAAACUGAAAGAGAAGUGUAAUUUUCAGUUUAUCUUCUUGAUAGGGGAGCUUUAUAAAACAACAACAAAUGGCAUUUGAGGUUAUAAAAUCAUACAUUCCCAAACAUAAAAUAACACCUCCUUUAAUUUAGGAUACUAAAGAUAGGGGUGUUUUUUUUGGCACAACCCAGAAUGUCCCUUUUAUAGUAACACAUUCUCCUCUUUACAAAUUCUAUUUUGUACAUAUACCAUUCCAUUAACUUGAAAUUAGCAUUUGCCCAACUGAUUUUUUCAAAAUGUUUAUACACCUCACAAUUAUUUUUAAAAAGAAAAUAGCAUCCCAUUUCGAAUUGAUAUCAGUUAUUAAAGAAAUAUUGCUUACUAAUUUUCCCCAAACAUUAGUAAUAUAGAGCACCACCAUCACAGAAGGAUAAAAUUGGCAGCAACCAACUUACUAGAGGAAAGUGUUGCUUAGGGGAAAGUGCUUUUCAUUGGAGUGUGUGUGUGGUAAGCUGGAUGCCCCCAGUGGUACAAACUGCAAGGGGGCCUACGCUCCUGUCUGCCUCUCUAGAAAUAAUACGUGCUUUCCCAACCAUUCUAAAGCUUCUGAAGCUAUUUAUAUACCCACAGUGUACUCAAGAGCAGCGCACGUCUUAUGGUAAGAGUCCCUUUCAACCCUCACUUUUUAACAUCCUAGUCACUGGGUCUCAACUUGAGAGGUUCUUGGCAAACCGUGAGAGCUGCCAAACCUGCUCUUGGAUGGAAAUGCCACAAGUUGUUAGCUUAUAUUUAGUUCCAAUAGUCUAAAACCCCAAACACUUAAGUGACAAGAGGUGGCACUUUUUGAAAGCACAAGAGAUAUAAACCUCUCCUACAUAAUUUUCAUUGUAUUUAUAACUCUCUCCUAAGUCAUUCUCAUUAUAUUUAAAGAAAGAGUCAGGCUUUUUUUAAAAAAAUCUGUUGGAUCUUUUAAUUACAAGGUUUGUAUACUGACAUGUUCCUUUUCUCGUCCUUGUAGGUGUGCCUGUACUUUCAUAAUAAACUGUACAGGGGAAACCGGGUUACUAAGGUGGAUGCAGAGAGCUUCAAUGCCUUUUCCUCACCUAACCUGCCUUCACUUGCAAAUGCUGAGGUGGAUAUUAUAAGUAAGCCAUGUUGUGAUUUCAGUCCUUCCAGCUGUAUAAUUAUCCCAUCUGUAACCCUUUCCCGACCUGUUGCAGUACUAGGUCAAGACUUUUAAGCAUCUUUAUACAUGCGGCCAUUUUUGUUCAUGGACUCUGGCCACACCAUUGCUUGUAUACUUUAAUGAUAGGUUCCGUACCACUUCUGCUUCAGAUAAUCAUGUGGAGUCAUGUUGCUGUUUUUCUAGAUCAGCUUGAUUCUGGCCAGCUUUAUUUCUGAGUAUUUUAGCUUUACUUUUUAAAACCUAAAGCGUUUGACAACUUGGAACCAAUUUACCCAAGGGACUGCCAUGCCCCAAAUAUCUCUACCUGGCACCUGUGCUGCUCAGAUGCUGAGAUUAAUACAUGCCCCAUAAGUGCACUUAGUUUGUACUAGAAACCAGGGUUUCGGUGAUGCAUCUCCAGCUCUCUGGAACAAUUACUAGCUGAAAUUAAGCAGGUCUCCAGCAUUGUGAUGUUUAGGUGCCUACUGAAGACAUUUUUGUUUAAGAAGACUUUCCCUGAGGUUUUCCCUACAUCUAUAGAAAUUGUUUUAUUGUUUAUAGACUUAGUAGGAACGGUUUUAUUUUUAUUUUAGUAUUUCUACGUUUUGAAUUUUAUUGAAUUUUUAACAUGCACAUUGCUUUGAUGACUUCAGGCUGAUACAUGGUGUACAAAUUUGUGUGAUGAAUGAAUGUUAAAAAAGAAAACAAGUUUGUAGCCCUCGAACUCUCUGCAGUAGGCUUAGGGGAUAUCAUUUUAUUUGUAUCUCUUUGUUACUACCCUUUUUAUUUCUCCUCUCUGUUAUCCACACUUCUUUACUGCCACAAAAUUCUGACUUCUGCAAAACUGUCAAUAUUAAAAAAAAACAACAGAUUUCAAGUUCAGGCUUAAAAUAUGGCAUUUGAGCUCACUUAGACAAAAUAAGUAAAUUUGAAUAAUAAUUUGGGUGGGUGUGGGGUAGGUUAUUACAAGCUCUAUUUCUGUUGGAACUGAAUUUAGUCAGGGAUUAGUGCAACGAAUGAAUGGCCCUGGAUAGAAAAUUGCUGCCCCAGGUGACAAGGUAAAUGUUGUUUCAGGAGAAGUUAUCAAGCACAAAUACUUUUGUGCUGUGAUCCUCCUGGGAGAGUUGUUGCUGAACUAGGCAUGCUACAUACAUACACUUGUUUCCAAAAGUCUAACUUUCUGUUCCCACAGUCAGUCUAGGAUGGCAGGUGCCAGACAGACAGAUAGGUAAGGGUGGUGCUGUUUCACUUCCAGCAAUUAUAAGAUGAAGAGGAUGUGGAGAUGUACAAUGAGGCCAGUAUUGCAGACUGUGAAGACUGCUGGGUAAAAACAAAUAGGAAUAUGUUGUUGGGAUUUAUGGAGGUGAGUUCUGCUCAGUCUGUCAACGUCUGGCUGAAUGGUGGGUAAGGGCUGUAGCUCAGUGCUAGGGUAUCUGCUUUCCAUACAGAAGGUCCCAGGUUAAAUCCCAGGUGCAACUGGGAGAGAGCCUAGCUGGAAACCCUGGAGAGCUGCUGCCAGUCAGUUAGUGUAGAAUUCUGCCUUACAGUUAGUGGAACUGCCUGAUCUGCAUCAUUUGUCACAGAGCCCAGCCUCCACUGAGCAGAGUAGUACUGGGUUGCAUCACAUUCGUGCAAGGCUUUCUGCUGGAAAAUGGAAAUCUGCUCUAGAGGGUUGGGGGAAUGCCGAGAACAGAUUUCUUUUUUUUUUGGGGUGGGAGCACAAGAGGAGAAGAGGGAAGGGAGGUUCCAGUGCAUAAGCAGAAAUCUUUGCAUGGAUGCAAUGUUUUGUUGGAUACAACCCACUAUAUUUAAAUGUUAUUUUGAUUCAUAAUAUAUGAGUGGCUUUUCUUUAAAAAUGGACUCUUGCAGAUUUCUUUACUGCCUUCAUGGAAUUAAUCCUCACUCUGUAAGACUGGCCACUGGUAUCCCACUAGUUUCGGGAGGGUCUAUAACUCAGUGAAAGGCCACAUGUUUCACAUGCAGGUCACAAGUUCAGUCCCUGCUAUCUUCAGUUGAAAGGAUCAGGGAGCAAGGUGCAUGAAAGGCCCUUGCUUAAGAACUGACUGGGAGGACCAGUCACCUGACUCUGCUUAAAGCAGCUUCCAACGCUCCUUUUCUCAGGGUUGCUAUAUUUCAAGAACCAGGACAUCAAUUCCGCCUUUUAAAUCCCGGUUUUAUCUAGGAAAAUAUGGGUGUAUGGCAGCCGUACUGUUCCUGUUUCACUGAGAGGGAACUAAGGCUGAGAGAGAGUGAGGAACAAGACCCAAACAAUAAGAGCAAGUUAGUGAAGUCUGGCCUAGAAGCCCUGUCUCUAGCUAUAGAAUUCUGUGUAAGGAGGGACCAAAGCUAUCACUGUGAUUAUCUGGCAAUGCUAAAUUUUAUUUUCCACAUGACAGCAAACCUGGUUUUGCCAUUGGAAUUCCAUUUCAAUGAUAACACAUGUUCCUUUCAAUUGCAACGUUAACUUUUAAAAGUAUACAUAAAACAACUUAGGGCCACACUUAAAAAAUGUGUGAAGUGGUCCUAAGCAAGCCAUGCAUUUCCAGAAAGAUCAAGCCACUUUGGUAUGUUUAGGUAAAGGUAAAGGGACCCCUGACCAUUAGGUCCAGUCGUGACCGACUCUGGGGUUGUGCGCUCAUCUCGCUCUAUAGGCCGAGGGAGCUGGCGUACAGCUUCUGGGUCAUGUGGCCAGCAUGACUAAGUCGCUUCUGGUGAACCAGAGCAGCGCACGGAAACGCUGUUUACCUUCCCGCCGGAGCAGUCCCUAUUUAUCUACUUGCACUUUGACAUGCUUUCGAACUGCUAGGUUGGCAGGAGCAGGGACCGAGCAACGGGAGCUCACCCCGUCGUGGGGAUUCGAACCGCCGACCUUCCGAUCGGCAAGUCCUAGGCUCUGUGGUUUAACCCACAGCACCACCCGCGUCCCUUCUUGGUUUAGAUGAAGGCUAUUUCCAUUACUACCCUACUCGCUAUAAAUGCAGGCAUGUUUAUUCUUGUCAUGAGUAUCUAGGUGGCAGAGUUUUACAUAUCUCUCUUUUACAAAAAUUGAAUCAAUUAUCUUGCAGAAAAUUAGUGCCAUGAGAAGAGGGCAGUGUGUGUGUGUGUGUGUGUGUGUGUGUGCGCGCGCGCGCGCGCGCCUGAACUGUGCCUUUCUUUGCUUCAAGAACAUCCACCCAUAGACUCUUUGUGGCUCUCCACUUCUUGGCCACCUCCCUGUAUUCAAAAUGAAUACUUCACAAACCUAUGUAAUGGGGUCUGGCUUACUUUUCGCCUAGAAAAGAAGAGGUGAGAAGAAAGUCUCUGUCUGGAGGUCGGAACUCAUUGAAAGUUGCAUUUCUGGUUUGAUUUCAUAACACUGAAUUCAGGCACCCCCCUCACUCCUUAGGGAGGUGUCUCUUCUCAGAGCUACUGCACUCCGUGAAGUGAAUGAGUUCAAACCUGUAUUGUAGCGUGACUCCUGCAUGUUGCCUAACCAGAGUCCUACUGCUCUCCAUAACGUGCUUGGAUUAGUUAAAUCUCCCCUACAUUUCAACAGUGUUGUCUUUACUAUGUGCAACAAAGAGAGUAGGGCUUGUUUGCAAUAUUCUGAGUGGCAUUUCACAUCAACAGAUAGGCUUGUUCCUCACUGCUGAUGGUUUUGAAACAACGAGCUUCCCUGGAUAACAAUAAGGCAAUAAAGGCCAUCAGCAGCCACUAGACAUCAUGGUUAUGUUCUAUCUUCACUUUCAGGGACAUUGUAGUUUUGAAUACCAUUUUCCUGGGAAUCACAAGUGGGGAAAAUGCAAUCACAUUCAGAUAUUGAUUUUAGGCUUCCCAUGGAGAUCUGGUUGACCACUGUGAGAACAGGAUGCUGGACUAGAUGGGCCAUUGGCCUCAUCCAGGAUGUGAGGGCGAUCUGGCUGCGACAUCUGUCACCCCAUUGAUCGCCAGGGUUGGUUCCGCUGAUCUGGCUGGCUAGGCGGGUGUCCCCUUCCUCCCUCACCGCUCCAUGUGCGUCCCUCCCAAAGCUGCGUGCUCGGUGGAAGAGGACGACCAUUGGUGCUGUUUCUAUGGAAUCCUUACAACACAUGUUUCUACUUUUUAGAAUAUCUCGGAACUCUUCUUUGUCCCAGGAGACAGUUUCCUAAUGUGCUCACAUUGUGAUUCUCUAAAGCGUUUUAACAAUUCUGAAAUCAGUUGGGUAACUUUUCUUCCCUACAUCUCCUCAACCAAAUAGGUUUGUCUGUGCAUUUAAUGUCAGCCCGGCAUGAAGAAAUGAAAUUGACUAAGCUUUCCCUGUUUCUAGAUCAGAUCAGUGCCAACUUAAUUAUUGCAUGUCAGCCUGUGCUGUUUGAGGCACAGCACCACUGGCAAAAGGUGACAACCCCCCUCCAAAAAAUUAAAUUUAAAAAAUGCUUUCUAGCAUCACUGCCAAUAUUUUGCACCUGUUGUUUUUUGUGACUAUCAGUACCCUAGCCUUCAGUUUCUUUGCAAUACUAUGGCAGAAAGAGAAGAGAGGGAGGCUUGAUGGGAUACAGAUGAGGUUGACAGAGAAGCUACCGUAUUUUUUGCCCUAUAGGACGCACUUUCCCCCCUCCAAAAAUGAAGGGGAAAUGUGUGUGCGACCUAUGGGGUGAAUGCAGGCUUUCGCUGAAGCCUGGAGAGCGAGAGGGGUCGGUGCGCACCGACUCCUCUCACUCUCCAGGCUUCAGGAAGCUAUCCGCAAGCCUUGGGAGCCCGCGGGAGUUCCCGCCGGGCUCCCGCGGCUUGCGCAGAGCUGCCUCUAUCCCGAAGCCUGGGCGCGCCCUAUGGGGCGAAAAAUACAGUAAAUUCUGUCAAUAUGUCUUUGAGCGUUAUUCUAAGGAUGCCUAACCUGUUGGUUUUAGUUGGAACAUAGGAAACUGCCUUACGCCAAGUCAGGCUGGUCUAGCUCAGCAUUGUGUAAGUCAGCCUUUUCUAAUUUGGUGCCCUCCAAAUGUCUGGGACUUCAUCUCCCAUUGGCCAUGCUGAUUGUGGCUGAUUGGACCUGUAGUCCAAAACUUCUGGAGGGCACUAGAUUGCGGAAGACUGGAUGGUAAGUUUGGCUACCUAUACAUGAAAACAUUUUCAUACUGAGACUUGCAUUCCCUACUUUAUGUAUGUUUCCCUGGAAGUAACCUUGAGUUUAUUUAAUCUUAUUCAUAGCUCACAGUGUGUAAGCUUGUCGUUUAAUCCUACAUAUACUUCUUCAGAAGGCUACAGCAGGACCAGCCACCCCCCUCUCUCCCUCCCUCUCCUUCUGGUGAUCUGUUCUACUCAUGUACAGGAGCCCAUGGAGGAAGGCAGUUCAGUUGUUGCAAAACCACGGAGAGCUCCAAGUGAGCAACUUUCUCCACAAGUGUUGAAAGUGAACUGAGGCCUUUUGAGCCUUUUUGUCUGCAGUCCACCUCUCCUAGGUACUGACCCUUUUUGGAAGAUUAGAGUCCCUCAAACAGCCAACCCUCUGACCUGAAUAAGAGCAUUUCAUGGGCUUCAGACUGGUAUGCUGCCCAUGCAAUUGUACUGGCAAGGUACUGUGGAACUUGGCUGUUCACACCCAGGGGAAGGAUCCCACUGUUUCUAUUUCCACGGCUGCCCUGGUGCUAUGGCAUCUGGUUCAUUAGACUCCUAUCCACCAGCUUUGGAUUCAGUGGACAGACUGAAUUCUAAUAAGAUAACCGAUUGCCCUCUUUGAAUGAUCUCUUUUAAUCUUGGCUGCCUCUCUGUGAGGAUCAGUGCCAACGUACAUCAUCUCAGACGCUGUAUUAAAAAACACAUACAACUUCCAAACUAGGUAGGACAUAUUUUGAAGGGAAACUUGGCAAUAACUCUUCUGCAACAACAUCCGCUCAGAAAAUAAGUCCUUCUGAGGUAGCUGAUGCUAGACUGCGAGGGGGAAAUUGAUUGGGGUUGAAAACAAACUAAUCUUCAGUUGCUGCAAAAAAGAUGACUUGGGUGCUGUGACAUUUUUAUGACAUCAGAUUGCUUAUCUUUUGGCUUAAAAACAACAACACCCUGCUGAACUCUUAUCCGACACAAAAGUGGUGUUCAGAUGUGUGGUGCUUAUUGUGUAGGGAAAGAAGAGUUUUGCGGUGGCUGCUGGUUGUGCAGGUCAGUCUGGACACGUGAUGGGAAGAGCAGAGGAUUGAGGUUUGCAGAGGCAAAAGGACUAGAAGAAGUGUGUCUGUUGAAGCUUCCUGACGAAACCUUUGUGAUAUUAUCAUUCUUUCAAUGGAUUCUUACAAUCAUAGCUGCUGUCCAAUGGUGCAUGUGAUGGAAUACCCAUACUUGAGAGGGUCCUAGCUUUGUUUGGUUGUUUAUGGAUGAUAUUAAUACCCCUCCUAGUAGCUGAAAAGGCUCUCAGAGUGGCAUGCAAAAAUCAAUAUUUAGGAGUAUAGAGCUUCCUCUAUAUUCUCCUUCAGUUUUAGGGUGGAAGUUUCAUCUAACCCAGUUUGAUCAACACAGAGGUUCUCUUCUUUCCCUUUUGAUACCAUCACACUAGUUGUGUCUACUUCAGUUCUCUGUUUCAAAAACUAUGGCACAACCUAAGUCCAUUUUGUGCUGAUGGGGAGCACAAUAUGUAAGGCCUCAUAGAAUCAUAGAAUCAUAGAGUUGGAAGAGACCACAAGGGCCAUCGAGUCCAACCCCCUGCCAAGCAGGAAACACCAUCAGAGCACUCCUGACAUAUGGUUGUCAAGCCUCUGCUUAAAGACCUCCAAAGAAGGAGACUCCACCACACUCCUUGGCAGCAAAUUCCACUGUCGAACAGCUCUUACUGUCAGGAAGUUCUUCCUAAUGUUUAGGUGGAAUCUUCUUUCUUGUAGUUUGGAUCCAUUUCUCCGUGUCCGCUUCUCUGAAGCAGCAGAAAACAACCUUUCUCCCUCCUCCUUUCAUAUAUUUGAACAUGGCUAUCAUAUCACCCCUUAACCUCCUCUUCUCCAGGCUAAACAUGCCCAGCUCCCUUAGCCGUUCCUCAUAAGGCAUCGUCCUUCUUGAACUGUGGUGCCCAGAACUGGACACAGUACUCCAGGUGAGGUCUGACCAGAGCGGAAUACAGUGGCACUAUUACUUCCCUUGAUCUAGAUGCUAUACUCCUAUUGAUGCAGCCCAGAAUUGCAUUGGCUUUUUAGCUGCCGCGUCACACUGUUGGCUCAUGUCAAGUUUGUGGUCAACCAAGACUCCUAGAUCCUUUUCACAUGUACUGCUCUCAAGCCAGGUGUCACCCAUCUUGUAUUUGUGCCUCUCAAUUUUUUUUGCCCAAGUGCAAUACUUUACAUUUCUCCCUGUUAAAAUUCAUCUUGUUUGUUUUGGCCCAGUUCUCUAAUCUGUCAAGGUUGUUUUGAAGUAUGAUCCUGUCCUCUGGGGUGUUAGCCACCCCUCCCAGGUUGGUGUCAUCUGCAAAUUUGAUCAGGAUGCCCUUGAGUCCAUCAUCCAAGUCGUUGAUAAAGAGGUUGAAUAAGACCGGGCCCAAGACAGAACCCUGUGGCACCCCACUAGUCACUCUUCUCCAGGAUGAAGAGGAACCAUUGAUGAGCACCCUUUGGGUUCGGUCAGUCAGCCAGUUACAAAUCCACUGAGUGGUAGCAUAGUCAAGACCGCAUUUUACCAGCUUCUUUACAAGAAUAUCAUGGGGCACCUUGUCAAAUGCCAUGCUGAAAUCAAGGUAGGCUACAUCCACUGCGUUCCCUUCAUCUACCAGGCUUGUAAUUCUGUCAAAAAAUGAGAUCAAGGUGUGCUUGGCAUUUUCAGUAGUUGUCAUGGGAGUCAGAUCCAAAAGAGGACAGAGCUUUCUUGCACCUUUAAUUACCAAGUAGAAGAGUGUGUUUCAGUAGGUGUAGGUUGUCAUGCAAACUCCUGUUUGCCCAGACUCUUCUUUAGCCAGGAUUUUUGCUUCUUACAAAAAAAGUUUGGAAAAUAGAUAUGGAUACCAUGUGUGGGUUGGGUGUGUUUAUACAUAUUAUCCAAUGCAACUCUCUGCCAGUCUUUUGAGAUUAUUUACACACACCAUUGUCUCCUAGGCAGAGAUGGUGAGCUUUUCCAGAAUUAAUAAUGACUGUUUGGCAUUUAGUAAUGGGAACUCAAGAGUGACUAUUAGUUAAACAGCUGGCAUCUGGCUUCCAAUGUAUAAUCACACUUAAUUGAAUCAUUGCCAUUUUAUUUAAUCACUAGUAACUGCAUUAUAAACUCUGGAGAUGAUUAGUGGUAAGAGUAACAACAUCUGUCUUUUAAAAAGACAUGUGAAAUAUGUGUCAUGUUGCUGAUGCCUAGCAAAGUGGCUUUGCAGAGUCCCCCCAAGGUACACAUUAAAAGAAUCUUGAAUUACAAUAUUGGAAUGCUUCUUCUAAACAAGAACUUCUUCAUGUUGUGCUGCUACAAAGUGUUAAGAAACUUCAAUCCAGAUAGUUUGGAGUACUUUGGUGAAUUAUAGUACAGGCUGGGGGUUAUUUGGAGGCAUCGCGCCUCUGUAUACCAAUUGCUGGGAAUCACAAAUUGGGAGACCACUGUUGCACCCACGUCCUGGAUGGCCACUGCGAGAACAGGAUGUUAGACGCGAUGGGUCUCUGGCCUCAGGGACAGACCUUGGUAAUAUACCACCCUGUACAAGGCCAACAUUUGACACCCUCCCCCCAGCUCUUGUAGUGCUGGCUUAAGCCAGGCUUUGGGAAGGAGGUGUGAGGCUCUGGCUGGGUUCUAGAGCCCUCCCACCUGCUUCCCAAAGCCUGGUCAGUGUUCUCAGACCCUGUCAGAGCCCUCAUGCUUCCUUCCCAAAGCUGGGGAAGUGCUUACUGGGCUUUGAGAAGGCGCCUCCCUUGCCUGUGCAUCCAGCAAGGCUGUUCUUACAUUUGGCUUACUUGUUUUGUAGAUUGGGUUGUGAUAAGCAGGGCCUGUGCAAGAGAUGUGUUGGCUUGUUCAGAUCUCCCAACCCUCUAGAGUAGAUUUUGAGGGUGUGCCAGGGGGCUGCAGGGGAGAAAAGAGGAGGGGAAGUUCUGUUGCUGAAGUUGAGGUCUGCCACACUAGCAGAACAACAGCAUUAGAUAUGACCCUUAAUUCUGCAUUGGAUUGAACUGUAAGAAGAUUAUGUGAAAGGCUUCCUAGAAGGGGAUUGGAAACCUGGGAUUGGAAAGAACACACACUUUCUCUCUCUCUCAAAUAAUAUAUUUGUUUUUCUUUUCACAGUUAACUGGGAGACCGUUUGGAGGGCCAACACUACCAAGAAAUUUGCAAUCCACAAAAUGAACUUUGAUCAACAUGUUGGCCUACUGAGAAUCUUCCCGGGGAUCACUGCUGAAGCGGUCAGCCUUCCUCUGUCUGAGAGCAUAAUGAGAAGAAAAGCUAUGAUGACACUCAUGUGUAGGAGUGUUGAUUGCAUAUAAUGAGCAAUAAGAAAAGGUGAUGGCAUUGCUGAGCCACUCCCACAAUGCCGCUGUGCCACUGCUUUUCUCAGAGCUAGUUGUAUGCAGUCAACAAUCCCACAAUACGUGUUCGGAUGUGAGAAAGAAGCAUCAUAGAAUACUGUCAUGUCCAAAAGUAUUCUAUGGCGCUGGAGGAGAAUGCAAUCAAAGAUUUUAAAAAACCCAGUCUCUUAUUAUGCUUUUGAAUGUUGCAUGUUUGAGAAGCGGGGAUGUGCAUCAUUUUGAUCAUUUUCAGGCUGUUGCGAUUGGGAAGGGGCAAUUUGCAGGGGAGAAGUAGCAGAGGUGGCUCAUUUGUGGAGUUCCAGACCUGUCUUUAUCUUAGAAAUGUGGGUGUGAGAUCCAAAUGUGAGAGGAGGCAGAGUUCGUUGGAGAAGAAUUGUAGAGGGAAAGUUGAAAGCUGGAUGAAGUGCUAUGAUUCUGCAUAAUUAGAAUGGACAGGUUACUUGCAUCCUUGUGGCUCACCCCGCCCCCCAUUUUGGCUCCCUGUGCUAAUCAAGUUGUCCAUCCCCUGUAUAACCAACCACUGUCUAUCUAUCUUGCUGUUGUACUGCCUAUAGUAUAUACUGGCAUUACUUGUCCCCACCCUGUACCCCCUACAGUUAUGUCUGUGUAUACAGAGAAGCUGUUUUGUAAAUGUAUUGAACACCCCACUCUCAAACCUAUUUAUAUAGCACUUUUGGUUAUGAGGACUUGUGAUUAUCCAUACAUUUUGGAUGGACCAUGAAAAUAAUCAAAGUUCGUAUUGCAUGCCAGCAGUCAACCUAAUAAGAAUCUGAACUCCAUAUUUAAAAUAUUUGACCAAUCUUUCCUUGCAUUAAAAAAGAUAGUAUUGUGUAGAAAAGACCAUAUUUCAAUCUAGGUAAACACUUUUGAACUGUAUAUAUAUUUUUCUUUCAUGCAGGUGAAGGGGUUUCUUCAGAGCCCAAUAAAAGGGAUUGUACUUGAGACCUAUGGGAGUGGGAAUGCCCCCAAUAAUUGCCCUGCUUUGUUGGAAGAGCUGCAGAAAGCAACCGAUCGUGGUGUGGUGAUUCUGAAUUGCACCCAGUGUCUGCGAGGAAGUGUUUCUUUAGUCUAUGAAACAGGAAAGGUGAGACAAAUUCUAUGCUUUAAACCAGCUUUCCCCAAGCUGGUGCCCUCCAAAUGCUCGGACUGCAACUCCCAUCAUCCCUGACCAUUGGCUUGCUCACUGUGACUGAUGGGAGUUGUGAUCCAAAACAGCUUGGGAAAGGCUGUUUUGAGCUAUGCCACUGCAUUCAGGGUUGCUCAGUUUUGGGUUGGGAAGGAAUGUUCAUUCAGGUAAGAUUAAAAAUGGAAGUUUUUGGCAGGUGAGAGGGGGUGGAGGCAGUGGCUGCUGUUUGUGGUAUUUUUUUUAUACCAUUUGGCUUUCUUCAGUGCACCUGUUGUCUUACUUGUGGCAUUUUGUCUUCUGGGCUAUGCAGAGCAAUCUGUAUGGAGGCUGGUGGGUGGCCUUUAUAUUGGUGGUGUUUGUGUGUUGGCCUUUAGAUGCCAGUGCUGUGACUUAAAGGUAUGAGAUAUAUUGAUAGAAUUAGUAGGAACUAAAAACAUUGGUCAGGAGACACCAACGGUCAAAUAGUCUCUCCCAAUCCCCACCCAAAGGAAGACUUGCAUCCAGCAGUCCAUGUCACCACCACUAGAGCAGCCAAUGUUACUGGAAAGAACUGAAUAGGUUCUAGUGCAGAACUCAAAAGCUAGUGUAGACAUCUUGGAUCAAACUGUCUCUCCCAUGAACUUCCUUGGUGGCCUUUUGCAAAGCUCCCCUACCUCAGUCGUGUUUUGAUUUGUCAUCUUGAUUCAAAGUGGCACCUGGCAACUAAGCAUUGGCAGAGGUUGCUGCUGCCACCUUGGGAACCCUCAUGCUGAGUUUGGCAACAAUAUCUUAAGAGACAACCAAACCUAUGCCCCCAAAUGGGCAAAGUCAUGCAAAAGUGAUGUUUUGGACUGCCAUCUUGAUUCAAAAUGGCAAAAGGUGUCCAAACAGUGAUGAAGUCCACUGCCCCUAACUCAGGAACCCUUGUGCUGAGUUUUGGCAAUGAUACCUCAAGAUGUGGCCAAACCUAUGCCCCAAAAUGGGCAAAGUCACACCAAAGUCAUGUUUCACUCUGCCAUUUUGAUUCAAAAUGGCGGCCUGCCUCAAAAUGUUGAUGAUGACUGCUGCCCCACCUCAGGGUUUGGCAACGAUACACCGAGAGGCGAACAAACCUAUAGAGAACAGAUGGAAAAACAAACAGACAAACCACUUUCCAUACCAUAAUAUAUCAUAGAUAAAAGAACUUUUCAUCCCCCUGCCCUCGCUCUCUCCAUACUUCUUCCCCAGGAUCACACUUAUAUGAUAUAUUGUGGUUACUUUGAUAGUUUCUCAGUAGAUGCUCUGGUGUGUCCACCCUGCAUUGAAAUCCCAAAGAAGGACAAGACUGCACAGGAAAGUAGGAAGGUUCCCUUUAGUAAAACCUGUGGGGAUCAUUGAUUCAGGAAAUCUGCUUCUUUUCCAGUAUGGAAUGGCAGAGUACUGGCUAGAUUCAAAACCUUUAAUUUUUAUCUGUCCAAGCUCUCAUCAAGAUUUUUCAUUCCUGUGUCCCUCCUAGAUGCAAGAUCAAUUGUAAUGGAUAUUUCCUGGCUUUUUCUAUGUUGACAACUUCUGGACACAUUUGGUAGUUAUAUGCCUAGCAUAUACAAGAUGAUGGUGUCUCUAUCCGAUUAUGGUUGUGUCAUUUUGAAGGGUGUGUGUGCCUGGAACUGGGGACCAUCAAAGUGAUGAAUGAAUCAGAGGUUUUCAAUAUGAAGAUGGCUAAGAAAUCCCCGCACAUAUCUUUAGAUACUUGCCCCUCCCAAAGAUUUGAUAGUAAACUGAGUAAAUCUUGAUGGGAUAUUUCCCAAAGGUUCAAAGUGGGUGGCAGAAUUAAAAGCCCCACCUUGAUAUGAUUAGAUGAGCUAGAGAUAAAUCAAAUUUUAAGUGGUGGUGCCAAGUGGGCUGGGUCAUGUCUGGCAUUGGAGUUUUUUAUUGCUAUUUUUAAUGCUGUUUUGUUUUCUGUUUUGCCCCAAAGUUAACCAAGCCCUUCCCCCAGUCUACUACUUGUAAGUUAGGCUUGCAAUCUACCACUUUCAGUGCCAAGUACAAAGCUAGACCUGUUGUUUUCUCUUUCCCACUUAAUUAAAAGGCCUGGUUAAUGUUCACAUAUUGGUAAUUAUUACUUCAUUAUAUUAUACUGCUGAACUGCUUGAUAUUUUUUAAACUGGCUUGGCUUUUCCUAGAAAUGUUUUAGCUAAGAGGUUUGCUCUAGGAAAAUUGUUGAAUCUGCCACUGCAAUAAUGAAAAAAGAAAUAAUGUAAGAACUGUUAAAGAGAUGUCUUCAGUGCAGUUUGAAGUCGUACCCUCUGGAAAUGUGAAACUGGCCUGUGGGAGCAACUGCAAACACACUGAUCUAAUCUAAUAUGUGUACUCUGGAGAUUACAGGUUAAGAGGCUUGCUUUCAGAGCUCCCCAGGAUGUCUGUGACAGCUCAAGACACUCAGUUUUGGACUCUGUACCAGAGCAUGCCUGUUCCAGAUAAUGGGUAUCAACUACUGAGGAACAUGCAGAGGACCAGUUCACACAUUACAGCAGUCAGCUCAGUUUUACCAUUGGGAUUACAUUAAACAAAGAGCAACAGCCGAUGUCAGCUGCCUGACAAUUACACCUGUGCGAUAUAAACAUUUUUCACAUUCCCACUAUUGCUAGGUAUGUUUAUAAUUUAAAACAUACUAGGUUUGUGGCUAAGACAGGUAACCUUUCAAGAAAGAAUUAGAAUUAACUUGGAUCCCCUUAUUUGAUGAACGUAAGUACUCUUGUACAUUUAGCACUGAAAACAAUAAACAUGUGAUUCUGUGCGCUAACUUGGAUGGCUUUAAAAGAAAAUUAGACACAUUCAGGGAGGAGAGGACCAUUGAUGGCUACUAGCCAUGAUGCCUAUGCUCUACCUCAGGCAUGGCCAAACUCGGCCCUCCAGAUGUUCGGGGACUACAAUUCCCAUCAUCCCUGACCACUGGUCCUGUUAGCUAGGGAUGAUGGGAGUUGUAGUCCCAAAACAUCUGGAGUGUCUACCUUCACAGUCGGAGGCAGUUAAUGAUUUCUGAAUACCAGUUGCUGGAUCCAGCAAGCUUUCAUUUAUUCUUAUGUGAACAAGAUAGUAUCGGUGACCACAAACAAAGCACUUUAUUAGCCACCAAGGCAGCAUUACAAUCUAAUAUAAAAGGAACAAAAAGAUUAAAUUAUCCGACUUGCAGUAACAGAUUUUACCUCUGAGAACCUCAUAUACUUGCAGCACUCAACGCUUUGUAAAUAAUAACAGAUAAUUAUUAGAAUAAUUAUGGGAUGUAUGCAGUUGUGGUUUUACACUAGAAGAAAGCACUUCUACUCAGACAAGACUCUAGUGACCUGCUUUGUACAUACCAUUGUAACCCCCUGCUCCUGGUCCCCCCAACCCUUAGCAGAAAAUUGCAAUAUUGCACUGGGCACUGCCACGCAACCCAGGUAAGGGAGGCGGCGGCAGCAGCAGGGUGCCAUGCCAUGUUCCCAUUCUGCUUCCGGUGGUGAAACGGGACACAUCAGAAUUAUGGGAUAUGAUGCAGAGGUAUAGAGAGUAAGGGGAAACUGGGUACCCUUCCCUGUACUAGUGGAUACCAUUUUUCAAUAUGCAUACCUUACAAAACACACUCAUCAAACCACAUUUUCUUCAUUGACUACAGACCCUUAUGGACGCAGGUGUAAUUCCAGGGGGAGAUAUGACACCUGAAGCUGCUCUUACCAAGCUGGCCUAUGUCCUGAGCAAACCUGGUACCUUGGCUGAGAAGAGAGAGGUAAAAUAUCUUUGACUUCUGAUUUUUUUUUUAAAAAAGCCUAGUAGUACUUUUCUCAAGUUGUGGCUUUCUGAGCUUUCCUUCCCUUUGACACACAUAGGCCUGGACUAGAUGGGCCUUUGGUCUGGUUAAUCCUAGUAUUGUUGAGUUGGAAAGGGACCUCAAGGAUCAUGUAGUCCAACUCCCUGCAAUGCAGGAAUCUCAGCUACAGCAUCCAUGACAGAUGGCCAUCCAACCUCUGGUUAAGAAGGGCGUUUCUUUUGGUCAGAGCCCACAAACUUCCCACUCCAUCCCAACUAGGUUCAAAGGACUGCUGUCUAUAUGUAAGGUUAAACUGCAAAAAAUAAAGAUAUAUAAAUAGUUUGUGCCCUGCUUGCUUAUUUUUAUAUGUCACAAUAACCAGGGACCGAACUGCAGUUGAGGAACCAUCAUAUCUGGUUGAUGGAGAGGGGAGGGACAGAAACUGCUCGUUGUUCUACCAUUUGGGGAAAUGCCCCUGUACAGCAAAUCAGAGUCUCACCUCCCAUGGAAAAGAUCAGUGAAACGCUCCCACACCUACAGUGUUUUCUUUCACUACUUCUCUUUUUAAGACAUGCCUAAACAAUGCUAAAGUUGAGGGCAGCCUUCCUUCCCACAACACUCCUUUCUUUAACUUUGCACAGCCAUGUUUCCAGAUAGUUAUCACAGUCAUCUAUAUUCCCAGACUCUCUCUUUUUCUCUGUAAUUAUGAAGCAAUUCUACAUGGCAGAAGAGCUAGGCCACAAUUCAAUGAAAUCAUUUAUGUGCACACAAGUGCUACAGUUCUUCAUAUUUUUUUUAAUUUCUGGAGCAUCAGAACUUUUUUCUGCCCUCUCCUCUCCCUAAUAUCCCAGAAAAUUGUAGUUCUGUGAGGGGAGGACUUAGGGGGUCUCAAACAGUUCAUCCUCAGCAGCCUAAUAAAAUACAUGGAUUCUUUGGGGGUAUUCAGCAACUGCUCAUACCCUUUCCCAACUUCAUAGUAUCCAAUCUCUAAUAUGACUUCUAACUGAAGUCCCAUGGCCUUAUGGGGUAUUGUAACAAAAUCUCUCUCUCUCUCUCUCUCUCUCUCUCUCUCUCUCUGUGUGUGUGUAUAUAUAUAUAUAUAUAUAUAUAUAUAUAUAUAUAUAUAUAGUGUUGAUUUGGCUGAAGGGACUUACAUAUCACAUGCUAGUAUAUAUAUGUGGAGACCUCCUAAGGCAGAAGGAGGGACUUACAGUGGUACCUCGGGUUACAUACGUUUCAGGUUACAUACGCUUCAGGUUACACACUCCGCUAACCCAGAAAUAGUGCUUCAGGUUAAGAACUUUGCUUCAGGAUAAGAACAGAAAUCGGGCUCCAGCGGCACGGCGGCAGCAGGAGGCCCCAUUAGCUAAAGUGGUGCUUCAGGUUAAGCACAGUUUCAGGUUAAGAACGGACCUCCGGAACGAAUUAAGUACUUAACCCAAAGUACCACUGUACUUUAGGUUUUCCAAACCCACUUCAAACAUUUUUAAAAAUAAUCCAGCAUUUUGAAGUUAUUUUUACAUGAUCCAAGGACCUGGUCCUCAUGUCACAUUAAACCGGGCUCAUGUUAAAGUUGCAUACAUUAUGUCUUUGUUUCACUUUUACUAUAUCUGAGAUCUUUUUACUUACCUGUCUGUCUUCUGUACUGGAAAAUUACUUAAGGUAAAGACUGUCACUUAUGCAGAUGGACAACCAAAGGUGUAGAGGUUGGGAGCAGGACCUGCUGCUACAAUCCUUCCCCUCCAAACCAAAGACGCACACACAUUCACCUCUGACUUGGUUCCCAGCCUGCUCACUUACUUCUUUUUUCUCCUUAAGAUGGUGAAGGAGAAUCUGAGAGGAGAGAUGACUGUUGUGCCCAUUGGAACCCAGAUCACCCUCAAAGAUAGCAAGUUUAUUCAAGAGAUUGCAAAAUACCUGUUUAUCAGCUGCAAGGAGGUACUUGCUCAAAUGACACCUGUUAAAGCAGAAAGCCCGUUGCAUAAUAACUAGCACCUGGGACCAUCUAAUAAAGCUGAUUGUUGGAAGCUACAGGACAGGCAGAAGAAAGAAAUACUUCUUUAAAAGAGCUUUUAACAAAGUAAUGGAGGGUGUUUAAGGCUGUCAUUGGCUACUUGUCAUGAUGACUGUGCUCUGCCUUCAUUGUUGGAUGCAGGACGGUUCUAAAUAGUAUUUUGGAGAAUCACAAGGGAAGAGGACUAUUGUCCGUAUGUCCUGCUUGCAGGCUUCCCAUAGGCAUUUGGGCAAGAUGCUGGACUAGAUAGCCUUUGACCUGCUCCAGCACGACUCUUCUUAUGUUAUAUAUAUAUAUAUAUAAAAGACAGCAAAGGGGAUUGUUGAGUAUAGAAUGCUGGACAUUUAUGCAGUUUGUAUGAUAAAUUUCCUGGGAGCACAAAGCACUUUAAAGCAACUUCAGCCCCCUUCCCUCAACAAUUCAUGCAUCCUGGAUUGCUUUGUAUCAGAACUGAAGACCAGACGCGCUUCACAAGGUCUAUGCAGAACAAGCAUCUGUAGAUAACUUCACACAAGCAAGCCACGCUAUUAUAUCCAGGCACGGUGGGAUGGGAUUAUGGGAAAUGUGUAGAUGUGUGUUAAACUGGGCUGUUUUAAUUUCUCAGGAGCUAGCAGCUGUUAGAGAUGCUUUGACUCCUCCUUUGGCUUGCGCAGCGGCAAAAAAUGGUGACAUCGAUGCCCUAAAAGCCUUACAGAAUAUGGUAAGACCCUCUUUUUUAUAGUGUAUUUCAUAUGAUCAUUUGCACCCUGAACAGGAGAAAGCCUCACAGGCUAUGGUCAUCUCAAAUGCAUUUUUGUUUUGGGUGCGUAUAUAACUCUAUGACAUUCAGGCUCUAUAGUUAUGAGAGGAAAAUUAAAAACCCAGGGUAGUCUUUCAGCAGGGAAAAACAGUUACCGUAGAUUAGAGCUAGAGUCAGAUCAGAAUGACUGCUGGCCUUUAUAUUUUCAAAGGGGAAGCAACCAUCGCUUAUGAUAUCAGGAUUGUGCUUUUUUAAAAAACAGCAGUCUAGUCCUUUGUUUAUUUCGUUCAGAAGUAGGUCCUGUACCAAUCAAUGAGGCUUACAUGCCCUUACGAUUACGAUAUCUUUAUUGUCAUUGUCCCUCGUGGAACAAUGAAAUUGAAAAUUAGGUGUGCAGCCUAAGCCUGCAUAAUACCUUCUUCACUAAACAUGACAAAUGAAUUAUAUUCUUAUACUGACUGCUCCUGUAGGUCUGAUACUGUGGUGCUAUAUGUUUUUGUGCCUCCCCAAAUUUGUCCAUUUAUUUAUUUUUAAUAAUAAUGUAAGGUGGUAUUCAACUUUUACUUAAAGGAAGUCCAUUGAAAUUAAAGUUAGAUCCAUUGAUUUCAUUGGAUCUGUUCUGAGUAAAAGGUAGUUGAAUACCACCCCAAUUUUUUUAACUAACUGGAGGGAAUUCAACAUCACAUGCUUCUGAUUGGGCAAGCAUUUUGAGUUGCAAGAUGGAACGAUUUCCUCUCCCUCUGCUGCUGUUCAGUGGCUUCUCUUGACCACCCCAAUCCAAUGGGGGGGGGGAGCACAGGGGGAGGAAGGGGCUGUUGCCCUAUUGGGUGAAUGGAAGUCCUUGUGCAGGGCUUCUACUGAUGAGACUAGUUAGUUGAAUCCUGCCCCCCCUUUUACUGACUUCUCCAAUAAGUACUGUGGUGCCAAUGGUUUUUGUGUGUGGCUACCACUCCCUGCCCAAAUUUGCCUGUUAAAAACAACUAAUUAAAAAAUAGGGUUUUUUUGCCAUUCCUGUGGGUCACCUGCCAUAACUCUGUGAUGCCGAAAGUUUUUGUGGUUCUCCCAUGACCCUCAAAAUGCAGCCGCAGCCAUUUUUUACACUGCAGCCGUACCAUGCAGCCUCUGAAGGGUUGAUGAUGGGUCAAUGUGGCUCUCAUACUGAAAAGGUUAGCCAUCCCCGUUAUAACGUCACCGAUGGGGGCUUUUCAACCUGAUCAUUGCUGUGUGCCUCAGCUGUCCUGGAUUGGCCCACAGAAAGAAGCCUCAAGAGAGUGUUCUCCAUUAAUUCAAGAGUUCAUAUUAAAAAUAGUAAGAAAGCCAGUUUCUCGGCUGAGAAACGGGGAAUCUGGGAAAUGAUAAACUGGGCAUGUUGCUGAGACCUUCGUUAGAUGGAUGAAUUAUUAUUUAAAUACACUCCUUUAAAUAAACUUGUCACAGGGUGGCAACUUGAGCUCUGAGGAUUAUGAUGGUCGCACACCUCUUCACGUUGCAUCUUGUGAAGGUAAUUUGGAGAUAGUCCGACAUCUGCUGAAGUCUGGGGCAACUGUCUACGCUAAAGACCGAUUUGGAGCUACUCCACUGCUGAAUGCCAUAAAGUUCAGGUAUUUAUUUCUUAAGUGCAAUUUACAGUGCUUUUUUUCUUAAAAAAUGUUUAGGGGUACUCUCAUUCCAUCUGAGAUUUAGGAAGCACCAUGACAGGAAAUGAGGCCGCCAUCGGGGGUAGCAACGGAACUGACGAUUCACCGUGCUAGAAAAGAAACAUUUUUUAAAAAAUAUUUUAGUUUCUUCUCCCAUUAGAUUCACCCCUGCGUACCCCCCAGAAAAAAAGCACUAGCAAUCAGAAAACCCCAAAAGCCCAGAAAUGGACCAUCCCAAGGGUGGAUUGGGGAUGAGCCAGGCUGGGAUCCAGCUGCCCUCACAGCUGGCAGGGGCUGGGAUUGGGAUUGGAGGCUGACGUUGGCACAGGCAUCAGGCCCAAUCUGCUUCCUUCUGCAGCUGCUGUGGCUGGUCAGGCUGCAGAUGUGGCAGUAACUCUCUUGUUGAGCAGCUGCAGCAGCGAGCAGUUUAGAUUACUUUGCCUGAGUAGACUUGUACCUGUGGGUGUUGUGAACAGAAGAAGAAGUGCCUCACACUUCCCCUUCCUCUGUGGUACUGCCUUUUCCAGAAUAUUUUUUUGUAUCUGCCCUGUCCUGGGGAUGCAUAGGAUGUCCUUGCACCUGGAACAUGCUUUUAUCUCAGGAAAUAAAGAUAGAAGCACGUCCAAUGGGACAGUGUUGUGAACGAACAGGAAGCGUGAAGUACUUCCUGUUGCACUUGACAACCUUGGAACAUCCAAAUCUGUUCUUGGUUGGAGGAAAACCUCUGACCAUUGAGUAGGCUAAAUAUAUCUUUUGCUGAACGUCCGUCAGGGUUAAAAAUACUACUAUGUUCCUGAAAAUAUGUUGAAUGUAUAUCAAAAUGUUUAUAUGUGUGGUGUUUACUAUCUAGUAUCUUUUGCAGACUACAGGUAUUCUCUUCUUUCAAGAUGCCUCUUUCAGGCUUUCCUGGAAGUAUUUUUAAAAAAUGCAAGUAGUAUCUUUAAAUAUAGGACCUCUCUUUGGGGCUUUGAGUGGCUCACUGCACUCUGCUCAUGUGCUGUCCCUUUCCAUGUCCCCCAGAAUCUGUUCCCCAAUCCUUUCUCUAGUAUAUCCUAUGCAUUUUAUUCUCCUUCUAAUUCUUGCCAAGAAGUUUAAAAUUCUGCAGAUACACGCAUCUAUGAGAAUCAGUUAUGAGAAAUAACUACAUCUUUGCAAACUUUACUUGCUACACAGAUAUGGAAAGUGUUUGGAGGAAAUCUAAAAACUUAUUCAUAAUAAAUAGCUCCAUUUUAGGCUAGCAAGCUUAUCAGUUGCACCUUCCCCAUAACUACAGCAUUCAUAGGAAGCAAACCUUUCUCCUUAAGACUUUAAGAAGUCUUUGGUGCCAGAGUAAUUCUUCUGGCCAGGUCUCCACACUCUUGACAUGCAUUUUGCAUUGCAGAUGGGUCAUUAACAGUGCAAACCUAUACAACCUAUGAAGCAAGUACCGAAUUUUUCGCCCCAUAGGACGCACCGGCACAUAAGGCACACCUAGUUUUUUUGGGGGGGAAUAAAGAAAACAUUUUUUAUUUCCCCCCCAGGCACGAGGCUGGGGCGGGGGAAGCCAGAGCUUCCCCCGACCCCAGCCCCCGGAACAGGCUGCUCUCCGCAAGCCGGGGGAGGGCUCCCGCGGCUUGCGCAGAGCUACCCGAAGCCCCGGUGCGACUGCUCAGCGCAACGGGGCUUCGGAGUGCAGGCAGCUCUGCGCAAGCCGGAGGAGCCCGGCGGGAACUCUCGCGGGCUCCCAAGGCUUGCAGAUAGCUUCCUGAAGCCUGCAUUCGCCCCAUAGGACGCACACACAUUUCCCCUCCAUUUUUGGAGGGGAAAAAGUGCGUCCUAUAGGGCGAAAAAUACGGUACCUUUGAAUUUAGUCCUAUACACCCAGGUAAUAGGAUGUAUAGAACUGCAACCAAAGUCAGUUGGCAUGCUUUCUUAAUAGGCGUUAUGACAAUCUCGUUAGCUAGCCAAGCUGUUCAGAUACAGGAAAAUUUGCUAAGAAUCUCUUAAAAUUCUCUAGGAGCAAGUUAAACAGACUUACUGCUGAACAAGAUGGCCUUUGUCCAGCACACCUAUGCAAAAUAUUCCUGCAAACAGCUCUCUCUCUCUCUCUCUCUCUCUCUCGUGUGUGUGUGUGUGUGUGUGUGUGGUUAAACCACACCCAGUCACUGCCUGAGGAAUUUCACAUAAGUUUGUUAUUCAAAUUCUUAAGCUUUACCACUCCCAUAAGAAACUCCUACUGGGGACUCUUGAUCUUUUUAAAGCUGCUGAAAGGCAGGUUGGAAGAGAAUGAAGCCGGGUUUUAGUUCAAGCUUAUGCUGCUGUCAGGUUGAGAGAAUGACCUGAAUCAUUUGUCAGUUUGCAGAGACUGUAAUGUAAUGUAAUGUAAUGUAAUGUAAUGUAAUGUAAUGUAAUGGCCUACUCUGCCAGCAAACUUUACUGCUAAGCUUAAGGUGGAAUUGGAUGGUUGAAAACCUAUAGAAUCAGUUAGAUGCUACUUUUGCAGUUGGAACUAGAUUGUGGGAUUAAUUGUACAAAAACGGGGAAAUCAAGCUUUAAUAAUAUUUUAACACUUACCAAUACAAGUACAUAUAACUGGAGGUGCAGAAUGCAAUAUUGGAAGACAAAGCCUGGUGGUUAUUGCAAUCCAGCUCUCUCUCCUGAAGCAAUACCCACUUAUAUGUAAAUAUUCCAAACAUGAUAUGGAGCCAGUUAGAUAAAAAAAAUAAGCCCUGGCUGUACUGUAAUAUCCGAGAUACUGCUUUUCUCCAAGGCACUAUAGUAUUCUUUGCCUCUAAUAUGACAUCAUCCAUAUAGCUGUAGUGAUAACUACAAAGUUGCUCUCAAAGUAUUUACUCUCUGAAGCCCUAGAGCAAUCAGUACUGAAGCAAAUCUUGAAGUAUUUCUAUAAACAGUCCCGUGGAAUGAAGUAAGUGCAUUUUUCCACAAACAAUUUCUUAGUGUCCUGAUGAAAUCUGACAGCAGUUUAGGAACAACUUCCAUCCAACUGGAAGCAUGAGAGUGGAACCAAUUCAGAAGAAGAUAUUUAACAAUAUAUAAUGCCAAAGGCCAGUUCACAAAGUUUGAAAUGUUGGAACAUUGUAUGCAUGGUACAGUGCAGGCUUGCAAAUGUGUGCUAUUGCAUCUAAAAUAUUACACACACACACACACAGUGGUACCUUGGGUUACAUACGCUUCAGGUUACACACGCUUCAGGUUACAGACUCCGCUAACCCAGAAAUAGUACCUUGGGUUAAGAACUUUGCUUCAGGGUGAGAACAGAAAUUGUGCUCCGGCGGCACAGCGGCAGCUGGAGGCCCCAUUAGCUAAAGUGGUGCUUCAGGUUAAGAACAGUUUCAGGUUAAGUACGGACCUCCGGAACAAAUUAAGUACUUAACCCAAGGUACCACUGUAUAUAUGUGUGUGUGUGUGUGUGUGUGUGUGUGUGUAUAUAUAUAUAUCUAUAUAUAGUGUCCAAUUUUCCACAAACCGUUUCCUCACAACAAAUGAAAAAAGUGGAAAGGUUGUGGGAACUAAGUGUAUACCUGAUACAUAUUAUGGGGUGUGGGGUUAUGCGUAAGAGGCAGCAUGCAUAGGCAUGGGACAUGCAAUGUUGCAAUCUUUCCAGAUUUCCAACUGAGGAAUGAGAGCCCUAUCUUGUCCUGGCUCUUUACAAUCCUAGUCCUCAAAGACUCUGAUAUGUUAUGUGGUGCGUCCACCUUUUGAAGUCUGUUCUGUCAGGGGCGUGAUAGGUCAGUUCAUUGCUUUUUGCAGAAGAACCAAGGAGCCAAAGGAAUGAAGCCAUUCAGGUUUUGGAGUGGGUUACGGCUGCAUUUCUUUAAGUGGUAGGUGGGAAAUGUGCUUGUGACCCCCCCCCCCCCAAUCUCUGUAAUGCGUCACUCAGAUUCUUCAGGCCCAGUGCAGGUGGGGCCAUGAAAAACCAUUUAAAAGCAUUUGCUGGAUUAAAAGAUGUUGGUCUUAGGAAGUCUUAUGCCCUCCGAUUCUGAUCAUACCACAAUAACUAGAAUCAUGCUUAACUAGAAUCAUGCUUAGCAAGUAUAGAGUGCUUUCCACCUUCGCCGGAUCAAGCAGUUGGUCCCUUACCUUUCCCGCCCUGACCUGGCCACAGUGAUCCAUGCGACGGUCACCUCCAGGCUUGACUACUGUAAUUCGCUCUAGCGGGGCUGCCCUUGAAGCUGUCCCAGAAACUCCAGUGGGUGCAGAAUGCUGCAGCGAGGCUCCUCACAGGGUCUCUGCCGUGGGAACAUAUUCACCCAGUGCUUUUCCAGCUGCACUGGCUCUCGGUGGAGUACAGGGUCAGGUUCAAGGUGCUGGUUUUGACCUUUAAAGCCCUUCACGGCCUAGGACCCUCGUACCUACGGGACCGCCUCUCCUGGUAUGCCCCACGGAGGACCUUAAGGUCCAUAAAUAGCAACACCCUAGAGGUCCCGGGACCUAAGGAAGUUAGAUUCGCCUCAACCAGAACCAGGGCUUUUUCAACACUGGCUCCAGCCUGGUGGAACGCUCUGUCUCAUGAGACCAGGGCCCUGCAGGAUCUGAUUUCUUUCCGCAGGGACUGUAAGACAGAGUUGUUCCACCUGGCCUUUGGCUUGGAGUCACUUUGAUUCCCUCCCCCUCUUUCUUUUUUCUUUUUUCCUUUCUCCUCCUGUGAUGAGGCUGCAUUUUAAUGUUUUAAUGUUGUAUUUUAAUCUUGUUUUUAAGUUGUAUUCAUUCAACUUUUUUAUUAUUGGUUGUUAGCCGCCCUGAUCCUGGCCUUGGCUGGGGAGGGCGGGGUAUAAAUAAAAUUUAUUAUUAUUAUUUAUUAUUAUUAUUAUUUAGUAGAGUGGUUCCUGGUUCAAUCCUUGGCAUCUCCAGUUAGAACAUAAGUAGAGCCCGCUGCACCAGGUAUGUGGUCCAUCUAGUUCAGCAUCCUGUUCUCAGUGGCCAUGGGAAUCCCACAAGCAAGUCCUGUGUGCAAUAGCACUCUGCCCUCCAGUUUUCAGAAAGUGGUAUUCCGGAGCAUACUGCCUCUGAUUGCAGAUAGUAAUUCUGAGAGAGACCUCUGCCAGAAACCCUGGAAAGCUGCUGCCUGAAAGUUGACAGUAGUGGGCUUGAUAGGCCAAUGGUCUGAUUUGGUAUAAAGCAGUUCCAUAUGCGCAUAGGUAGGCCAGUCUUUAUUUAUCACUCCUCUCAGAGUUGUUUCCACCAACCUCCCAUCCAGGCACUAAGCCAGAGUAUUUGCCAUUGGCAUAAGCUUAGGAGUUUCCAGACCAGUCACUUGCAAUCUCAUAUCACAGCUGAAAAGUGGAGGCUGGGAAAUUUUGAUUGAGGUAAUCCAGAACAAGCUAACUGCGCUUAAGUCUGAGUUAAAUCAGUGGGGUGGGUUAAAUAAGCUCCGUUAUUUUAAAAAGGCUCCUAGCAUUUAUGUUAUAAAUGCUAAUUGGCUGCCAUUUGUUUUCAGGUUCAAUUCAUAGUGCUCAUUUUGGCUUAUGAAGCCUGAUGUAGUUCAGGACCACAAUACAACCAAGGCUACCUCCUUACAUUAGAACCUGCCUUGCCUUUAUGAUUGUCACCUGAAGCACUUCUUUCUUACUUUCUCCAAGAGAAGUGCAGAGUGUGCCAGCAAGGGGAUAGGUCUUUUUAGUGGUAGCCCCCACCUCCUCUAAUAAUCUCCCCAAGGAGUUCUGCCUGGUGCCUAUGUUAUUAGCUUUACAGUGCCAGGCCAGGACAAUUUUGUUCUCUCGGACUUUUUGUUCUUAAGGUGAUGUGAUUUUUAGUCUGUUUCAGUGUUGGAUGGGGAAUAAUAUGUAUGUAUGUAUGUAUGUAUGUAUGUUUGUUUGUAUGGGGAAUAGUAUGUAUGUUUAACGUAUAACCCUGCAGUUCAGAGCUGCUUGGGUUAUGUUGCAUUGUGGAACACAGCACUUGUUGCUACCUGAAAGGGAGAAAAAUGUACUUGAUGAUGUUGCUGUGUCUCAAGAACCCUUGUGAUGAAAUAUUUAAGAUAACGAGCAAAUGAAUGAGGUCUAUAAUUGCAGUAGCAGUUAAUAAUAUAUCUCAUGGAAUGAAGUAUUGCGAAAUCAUUUUUUUCAGCGAAGGGAAAUUGCUUGGUAGUAUGAUUUAAUAUUUAUUUUCCACUUAUCAACAGAAGCAAAAAGAAAAGAAGAAGAAAAAGACUUUUUGGAAAGUCUUAUUCUUCAUAUGUGAUAAUGUACUAUCUUGGUCAUAUCUGCCAGCCCUUAUGCAAGUUUGUAUGUGUCAUUUCCCUUGAAGUAAACAAUAGGGAGCAGUUACCAGCUCACAGAUCCUACAUGCUAUUUCUGAAUUUCUUGGUUAGGCAUCAGGGUAGUUUAAAGCCUUUUUGCCUCUUGGAAAGUCUGAAUGUGAUACUGUAAUGUGCUUACACACAGGCAUAGGAUAUAACACAGUAAUUGUGCAAGAGGAUCCCUUGUUCUCUUUCCCCAGGGAGUUGGGCCCAUCUUGUGUACUGGGCACAGCCAUUGCUGACGCUGAUCCUGUUCUAGCACAGCCGCCACCAAAUCUCUAAAUGGCUGCUCCACUGAGCAAAGGGCUGUUUUGAUUGAUAGGGAGCCAUGAAAAAGGGAAUUAAGUUAUGGUCAACUCUGUGUGUCCCAUGUUUAAGACCACUGGCCCUUAAAUCUGAGUGUUGGUGCAGCCAUAUGCCAACUAGGAGUCUUGUAGCAAAGAGAGUUUCCCUUUCUUCUUCUUUUACUCCCUGAAAAUGCUCACUUGACUCACAGACUGGGAAGAAUUUCGUGAAGGGAUAGCUAUCUCCAUCUUGAUCUAUGAGUUUUCCAGGGCCACCCUCUGCUGGAGACAGAGUGUUUGGAAUUUAACACUUGAUACAGCUAAAUAUUACACUUGGAGAAGAUUUGGCACAGUUUGUGUUUACUUACGACUGAAUGAUGGGCAUGUUGCACUGACCACAAAUUCACAAACAUGCCUGAGUUUGAUUGACAAGUAGGCAUUGAUACAAAUCUUUCCUACAUCAUGUUAUUUGUCAUCAGUGUGACUUACAGGUCCCCUUCUGAAGAGAAAAAUCAAUAUGGGAAAUGGCUCUUAGAUCCAGUUUAUCAAAGAGUUGUUUCCAUGUUAGCAUGCUACAGAUAUUUCUAUUAAGGUACUGGUGUGGUUAAAAAUAAGUUCGUCCAUUUUCUUAAAGGCACCAUGAUGUGAUCCGCUUGCUACGCACAACGGGAGCUCACCUUUCAAGCCAAGAGCUCGUGAAUGUUGGAACAGAACUCUGCAGGUAUGAAAAAGUCAUUUUUAAAUGUCUUCAGAUGACAUUGCACUGUCUCUAUAAACUAGUUGACACAUGGAAUGACAUCACUUGAUUUGUCCACAUUCAUUUACUGUACAUUUGAUGACCAGCAGCUGAAUGAAGUGAUUUGAAAGUUCUUUAUUUAUUACAUUUAUAUCCCCACAACCAACCCUGUGAGGUAGGGCUAGGUUGAGAGGCACUGACUGGCCCGGGGUCACCCCAUGAGCGUCAAGGCUGAUUCGAGAUUCAAACUCUGGUCUGGCAGGUCCUAGUCCUGCAUUCUAACCACUACAGAUUUUAUAUCUGUGAUUGCCCAUUCACACAAUACAUGCCAUGCCAUUGCUUACUACUGUAGUCAUCAAGAGAAUGACAGGUAUGUAAACCAGGACUUUGUUCACCAUUGUAUAAAGGUGGCAGUGGAAUGAUUAAGGAUAGUUGGUUAACUAUUAAAACUGGUUUGUAAGGGAAUACAAAUUUCAGCCAUUUCGAGUUUGGUUUUUGUCGUAAAGUUUGGGUUGCAAAAUGGUUGCUGUUUUACUUUUAAGGCUCUCAAGCAUUGGAGUGUCAAAUGUUCGCAGGAAAGUUAAACGUUCAAGGGUAGAUGUUUUGUUUAGGAAGUUUUGUACCAGACGUUGUGCACAUGAGGGUCAAAAGUUCAUUCUAGGAUUCUGGCAAUUAAAGGGAAGUAAUUGUUAACCAAACUCUCCUCAUUUUGUGAUUGACUGAAAGAUUGAGAGGAAGGGGGAGUGAAAAUAUUGUAUAUAAGCCACAGCUAAUCAGAAUGUUGUGGAGUCAGGCUUGGAAUCUGCUAUGCCAAAUUUAACACCUGCCAGGAUUAUUAAAGGAGGCAGUUAAUCCACUCCCCUUAUGUUUUUUUCACAAAUAAAUUGACCCUACUCUUAGCUUCUUCUGCCCUCUGAAGGACUUGUUAAACUGCUUGGCCAUACAGAACAGCAAAAUGCUUUGAGACUUUCAAGAACAACCAGAAAAAUAAAUCCACGUAUGAUGCAAUUUUGUACCAAGGUGUUCUGUUAGCCCUGACUGGUUUUUCAGUUCAUAUAUUUUGUUGUUUCUCCAUGGCUUCUUUUAAAAAUUAAGAUUGGAGUGGAUUUUUGGAGCUCUUUGUUGACUAACCAGGUUUCAUAGCACAGAAAAAUAUAUAACACAAAUAUACCAAUCCAUUCUAAAAACGACUCUGCAAGUUCUUAUUUGACCAGAGAUUAUGUUUGAACGACCUCUGUGUUACUGUAACUAGUAAAAAAUGAGGUGAGCCUUGACCCUUUCAUAUUUGGUUGCUGCCCCAAAGGGGGGGGAAUGCAAGGGGCUGUUGGAGGGAGGGGGAAAGAAGCAACCAAAUUCCCUUUUUCUUUCUAUCUCUGCUCCCCCCUCCUAUAUAUCAAAAUGCCAGUUAAUGAAAUCCAAGGAUGCUUUCCUUCAAGCCUGUUAUCAUAGCCCAUCUCUAGGCUAAAAUGCUGUUCAAUUCUGAUCACAGCUGUCGGGAAAAAUUAUGAUUCUGACAGAACUUUGACCAUGCCUCUAAUACCUGAUUAUCCUUCUGGAGAAAUAAAAUAUGGAGUGGGGUUUUUAUGAUCUUAAUCUGUCAUCUGUCCCAGCGGUUACGGAGACUGCAUAAAGAGGCAUGGCCAGGCCAGCUAAUAGGAACCGUAUCCUUGAAUGUGCUUGAGGCAGAAUUAUCUUCCUCUCACUCGAAAUCACUACCCUGCUUAUCAAGGCUCUUCACCAACAGAGAAGCAUAAUCUCUUCACUAUCUGGGUGACACUUUUCAGCUAUAAACAUCUCAAUCUCCCACAGAGGCUUAAUAUGCUCCUUGUGAGGAGUUCAGGUAAAAGGAUAUACAACAGCUUCAGGGCGGCAGUGGUGGUGGGGAGAUGAGAAGAGGCGCCUUUGCCUCUUAGGAUGGGCCUGUGCAGCUUGCAACCUACCACAUCACCUGUCAUGUAUUGUGGUUUGCAAGGUGCUUGAUAACCCAUUCAAUUUUGCAUUAUUAGAUGGGCAGAACCCCUGCCCCCACCAAUUUUUUAGCCCUUGAUGCUCAUACUAGGCUUGAGAGCCAGUGUGGUGUAGUGGUUAAGAGCGGUAGACUCGUAAUCUGGUGAACCGGGUUCGCGUCUCUGCUCCUCUACAUGCAGCUGCUGGGUGAUCUUGGGCUAGUCACACUUCUUUGAAGUCUCUCAGCCCCACUCACCUCACAGAGUGUUUGUUGUGGGGGACGAAGGGAAAGGAGAAUGUUAGCCACUUUGAGACUCCUUCGGGUAGUGAUAAAGCGGGAUAUCAAAUCCAAACUCCUCCUCUUCUUCUUCUUGAAGGCUGUGUUAGGCUUUGCAGGUCACAAGUUACAUAGUCAUGUCUUACGAUGUACAUUUUGGAGGUCACAAGUUGCAUAGUCAUGUCUUACGAUGCACAUUUUGGAGAAAGAUGGAUGCCAACACAAUAUUUCAUAGAAUCAUAGUUGGAAGGGAGUCAUCUAGUCCAACCCUCUGAAAUAUAGGAAUCUUAUCUAAAGCAUUCAAGACAGAUGGCCAUCCAACCUCUGCUUAAAAACUUACAAUGAAACACCAAGUCUACCACUUCCUGAGGUAGUCCAUUCCUCUGCCGAAUUGCUCUUACUAUCAAAAAGCUCUUCCUGGUGUUUAACUGGAAUCUCCCUUCUUGUAACUUGAAACCAUUGGUUUGAGUCCUACUCUCCAGAUCAUGAGAAAACAAGCUUGAUUCAUGUGACGGCCCUUCUUGAAGAUGGCUAUUAUAUAUCUAAUCCUCUUAGUCUCUUCUUAUCCAGGCUAAAUAUCCACAGCUCCUUCAACUGUUCCUCAUAAGGCUUGGUUUCCAGUCUGUUGGUUCCAGUCUUGGUUGCCCUCCUCUGCACACGUUCCAGCUUCUUAAAUUGUGGUGCCCAGAAUUGGACACAGUAUUCCAGGUGUGAUCUGAGGAAGGCAGAAUAGAGUGGUACUAUGACUUUCCUUGAUCUGGACACUAUACUUCUGUUGAUGCAGCCUAGAAUAGCAUUAACUUUUUUUUUUUUUUGCUGCUGCAUCGCACUGUUGACUCAUGUUAAGCUUGUGGUCCUCCAAGACCCCCAGAUUCUUUUCACAUGUACUGCUAGUAAGCCAGGUGUCCUGCAUCUUAUAUUUGUGCAGCUGGUUCUUCUUGCCUAAGUGCAGAACCUUGCAUUUGUCCCUAUUGAAAUACAUUUUGUUAGUUUGCGCCCAGUUUUCCAAUCUGUUAAGGUCAUAUUGAAUCUCAAUUUGGGUUGUGUCAUUUGUGUGUGGCCUUUUGAAUUACUUUUAUUCAUUUGGUAUUCUUAGACUAGAGACAGAUGUGAGAGAUUCCCAUCCCUCCAACCGCCAAGAGGCUUGAUGUUUCAGGUGAUAUUUUAGCCACUGAGCUACAAUUUCUUACAAAAUCUGGCUCCUAUGUCUUUAUUAGUGUUUUAAUUAAAUAAAUUGGUUUCACUUACCCUCUCCUUGAACAUCUGCUUAACUUGCCUUGACGUUUUGUUAGCUGGGACUCCCUUUAGCUUAUGCCCCAAGAGCCUUUCCAGUUUUGGGAGAUAGUUUCACAACUGGAGGGGGUGACUGCUGACAAUGCCUGUCUGCCUUGCUUUGCCUUGCCUUGCCAAGGCUGAUCAUAGUGAUCAGAAUGAAAUGGAGAAGGAUGAAGUUUUUAAGGAGUCUAUUGAACAUUCAGCUUUAUGAAUUACACUGCAGAGAUGCUAGCAGUGGUGCUGGUGGCUGGUGCUCAUUGGGAACUGGUGGGGUGGAAGGCAGAAGUUCAGAGCCAACGGCAAGCAGAGGCAACCCCUGACUAAUCAUACUCAGUGAAAAUCCACUGAAGUUAGUGGAUAUGAUUAACUUAGGUUAAUCCAGUGGGUCUACGCUGAGUAGAACUUAAGUUGAGUACAGCUCCAAGCUUUUGAGAGGACUUCAACAUCCUGCUCUGUUGAUCGUUCCAUCAGGACAAGCAUUUCAACUUGCCAGAAGGAAUUAUUCUUGCUCUCCUCCUUCCACACACUUCUGGGGGGUUCUCCCAACACUCCCCUGAACCAAUUUUUUUUGGGGGGGUGUGUGUGCUAGCGGAGGAGAGGGGAAAGCCCUGUUGUGGAAGUGGAAGUCGUUGCACAGGCUUUCACUGAUGGGGCUCACCCCUUUCCGCAUUUGGUUGCAAUUUUUGGUAUUUUUUCUGUCCCUUUGCAACUGAUGUGCCCAUGCAUUCCUUACAGGCGCAAAUGGAAGCAUGGGAAGCAGGUUAAGAACACCAAAUUGUCUUUUGAAUGUGGCCAAGAAAAAGUGCCUUCCUAACCCCCAACAGCUUUUUAUCAAGUUGCAUCUUAUUUAUUUAUUUUUUAAUGAUAUUUAUUGGAAAUUUUUUUUAAAAAAAAAUUACACACACAAAAAAAGACAAGACAGAAAAAUAAAAAAAUAAAAUAAAACCAUCAUUCUCAAAUUCUCCACUUUCAAUACCUUCUUUCUUUGACCUCCUCCUCCUCCCUUUUCUUGUAUCCUGAUUAAUAAUAAUCACAGCAAAUCCUUUCCAUAAUUCAUAGUAUUCUGUCAUUACAUUACCUUAAUCUAUUUUCAUCUUAUCUUAUAAAAAAAACCCUUAAAGUUUAAAACUUAAAUCUUAUUUUUACCAACUUCUCCUAGCCAUAACAUUCUUACCAAAUUCUUUAGACAUUUUUACAAGAGCCAAGUAGUUUCAUUUCAACAUUUUUCUAGCAUUCAUCAAUUUUAUAGAACAAUCCUAAUGAUUAAAAAAAAAGAAAUAAACAAUCCAAUCUUCAUCCAGCAUCCCUUCCUCCUGGUCCCGGGUUUUGUCAGUCCUUUUUAUCUUAUUAGUCUAGCACAUUAACCUGGUAAUCUUAUAUCCGAAGCCCUCAAGUCUCUUCCAUGUCCCUUCCGCAGCUCUUCUUCAUAUUUUCCUUUCAUUCGUGGGAACUCCAGCUUUUUGACCCUUUUCAACAAAUCAGCCCCUUUUCCAUAGUCCAGACUAGACUCCAUGUGGUAUUUAAAAACCUGUUUCAGAUUCCCUCCAAAAUUGAGAGCCCCCACAGCUCCAAACAUCUGACGGCCCAUUGCCAGACUCGAAAAGUCCAAAUCUCCCUGUAUAGGGGGGUCUGUCCAACCCCCCAUUUCCAAACCAAACCAAACUUUAUCUUUCCAAGUCUGGUUUUUUCCAAGUUCAUUUGUCAAAUCCAAAAAUUUAUGUUCCUGCUGGGCCGCAGCUCCCUCUGUCUCUGGCGCCCAAGAUUCAGCAGCAUCCUCUUCUCUCAGCUGUUCUGUCAUGGCACACUCCUGUUUUAGCUCCUGGGUGGGCUCCAUAUAAUUUCCCACUACCUGUUCAAAGGUUCUGGCCGCAUUAGUCAUCAAAUCCGUCUUCUGGCUUAACUGAUCCAAUAGGGCAUUUAUUUUGCAGAGAGCACCCAACAGUGCUUCUGAAGACAUUGUCCUGCAAGGUCACAAAUCCUUUCCCACGGUUGUAAUCUGUGGCAGCUGCAAGCUCCCAGGGAUUAGUUACAAUUUCACAGUCCCCCUCUAGGGGGAAAUCUUCUGAUUGUUCUUUCUUUUAAAAACAAUAGCAACAAAUUUUCUUAUUUAAGGUAUUUUGUCCAUAUUUGUUCUUUUUAAAAUGCGAAAGGAAACAAUGGAAUCAAUAUGUUUCUCUUCUUUUAACUAUCUGUCAAAGACAUUUGUUUCUGGUCAAUGAGCUUCAAACGUCAAUUCUGACACCCCGCUCCAGGAUCAGGACGGUGGAAAAUUACUUUGCUUUAAAUUCACUUCUGCAGGUUUAAACAGCCCAAAAAAGAUCCCCCUUCUUCUCCUGCUACCGAAGGGAGGUUCAGCGAUUUUAAAUGAUGAAAACCAAUCCUUUGAAAGUGAUUUUUAAAGCUCUAGUUUAUGUUGUCUUUGCUUUAUUCUGGCUGCAAGGAAACGGAAGGCUGACUUCCUGUUUAGACCUUACCGUUUCAGUACCAAAUUAAGGUAAAUUUUUAAGUCCAAAUUCCUUUCUAUUUUGCCAGUUCUUAUUUAAAGUCCAACUGUUCAAUGUUCCAGUACUCACGGGUGGUUAUUUUAGAUGCCAAAUUGUCCCAGGAAAAAGGCAGCGCUCUCCGGCAACAGCUAUGCGGCUUCGCUCUGCAGAAAAAGCAAUUGACUCACAGCACCGCGCCACUUCCCCCUCUUCGCUUCGGAGCCCGUUAGUGGGUUCCUUUGCGGGUUGGGGGGGCGCUAAGGGUGCCCGCCGAGUCCCACGGUCACAGGCUUCAUCCGCCUGUGAUUUCCAGAAGGGUCCCCACUUCACCGUAGCGGAAAAGACCCGUUUCAUGCGGAGCUAGUCCCUCCAGUUCAGAGGGAGUCCGCUAUUACUGAUGGCGCCACCCCGGAAGUCAUCAAGUUGCAUCUUAAAGGGGCUUACCAUUCAUGCCACUAUCAGUUUGCUGGUGUGCCCUCUGAACUCAACCAGAGCUAAAAGAAUUUUUUUUGUUUUGCCAUUUUAAAACCCGGAAAUAUUGCUCCUUGCUAUAAGAGGAUCUUAGGCUUAUGUAUGAACCCAGCUUCAUAAACUACAUUCUCAACGUUUUACUUAGCGUUGUUUUAGUAACAAGUCUUUAUUUUAAUACAUGAAAUCCAGCUGAAGACUUAUUCAUUAGGUGCACUUAUGAAACUUUCAACUUAUUACUAAUCUUGUGUAUAUCUAAGAUGGUGGAAAAGACAUGAUUAGCGAUGCAGCUGAUGAAAGAGUUUUGCUUAAUCUCCUGACUCAUAAUGAAGGAAAGGACUGGAAUCUUAAAAGGCAAUUUUCCCAUGCAAGGAGCAUAAUUAACCCAAUAUAUGAAUCGCGAGGAGAGUAGUUUGGCUAAAUAAAUGACCAGCGCCAAUCAAUUCCAUUCUUUUUAAUUGUGAUGUCUUCAUUUGGUAGGCAUCAGGGAGGGCAAUAUCCCAUUUAAAUGUAAGUACAGUAUCUCCAUCUCUGUGGUGGGCAAAAGCCUUUAUUUAAAAAAAUGACACAAAGAAUAAAAAAAAUUAAAAUAGAAUUUGUUAAAAAUGUGUAUGUGGACACUGUGCUGGCCUAGAUUGGGCUUUGGGCCUUAGCCUGAUCGAGCUGGGCUUAUUGACACCUCUUUUGCCCUCUAGGCUGGCAUCCCUCAGAAGGCCAGGUUUGUCUGGGGAGGAGAAAGGCCUUCGAGCUGCUAACUCCUACUUUCCACCUUUCAUGAAAUUAAAGUUAACAUGCUUUUGUAGCACAUUUGCUGUUAUGCUGCGUUCAGGCAGUGAAUUCUAAAGUUCUUUUUAAAAAUGAAAAUGAAGCAAUUUGAAUGCUGUCUAUCCCACUUAAACUGCAUGUCAUGAGCUGAAUCUUGUGUUGUUGUGAAAUAUGAAACUGCCUGUGCCUUUUCCCCUUUGGUCAUGGGCACACCCACUGGGUGAAACUGGCCUGUUGAAAGCUUCUUCCUGUACACUCCUAUUCAUUUAUGCGCCUGAUUCAUCAACACUGUUGCUAGCUCAGCUGUUUGGAGCUUUUGUAACCUUGUCCUGCUUCUUCUGGCAGCCAUCCCCAGCCUUUUGUUUGUCAUCCUUUUUGGAGGUACAUUGUUGCCAGUGCACAGAAUUGGAUGCCAUCAGCCCUAGCAAGCAUGAGCAAUGGUUAGGGAGGAUUGUAGUUGCAUUUAAGCAACAUCUGGAGGGCCACAGUUUCUCCAGGCCUGCUGUAGAGCUUUGAAUGAGUUUCUAGGUCAAUAUUUUAUGGGCUAAAUGUAUUAAGAAUUGUUAAUGGGUCCUGGGAAGAGAAAGCUGGAUGUCAAAUCAGUUUUCCUACUCCAUUGUGGAGUGGGAAACUGAUGCUAUGUAAAGCAAAGGUAGCCAUGUUGGUUCACAAGGAGCCGACCUCAAAGUCACAAAAUAGGGACAAGCUUUCAGUCUAUACAGAACUGUUUAUCAGGCAGCAUCACGUUGGAUGUUGUUGCCAUAAAUUCAUCCUGGAAACUUUUGUUCUAAGAGUGAGAUUGCAGACACUUAUUAAACUUCUCCAAAUCAAAUCAUCUUUGUUAUUUCACAUUGAUGUCUCAGUCCUAAGCAUGUUUUCUCAAAUGUAAAUGAUAUGGAUUUAAAAGCGGGGGUGAGGAACCUCCUGCCUGUGGGUCAAACUAGACUUCAAAGUAUAUUUAGAAUUGCAGUCUAAAUUGAGAUUUAAAAUUUGUAAUUAACUGUUGUUUCUGGUGCUGAACGCACUGAAAAAUAUUAUUUGCCCCCUUGGUGAUAAGCUACCUCCAACAGAGUUGUGGAUAGAGGGGAUCCUGUGUUUGAGAUCGCUAGGCCCGUCUGAAGAACAACAGUCCCCAUUCAAAAGCCCCAUUCCUUCACAAGUCGUUUGGUUUGAAAGCCUUGGCAGCAACACAUGUUUGAAUCUGUUUUAAAUUUGGAAAGCAGAUUGUACUGCUUUGAACAUGGAAGAUAAAAUAUAUAUUCUUCCCUCUCCCCAUGCCAGUCUUGCUUUUAAUGGAGAUGUUGAAGGACUGCUGGCCUGGCAUCUGGCUGGUGUGGAUCUCAACCAUCCUGGUUAUGAUGGGAGCACUCCAUAUGACGUGGUAAGUGUGUGAUUACUGUAAUAUGUCAGAUGGACGUCCUGUUCAAUAUGUAUGUUAAAUCAAACACCUCUUCGGUUCUAAGGCAAAUCUCCAAAGUGCCCCGCAUCAAAUACAACUUAAGAGGUUUCUGAAAUGGCUUUGCACAGGAUUCAGUGGAGCUGCAGGAGCAGGAGACUCUGGAAGGCCUAGGUCAGCCUUCCCCAAUCCAGUGUCCUCCAGGUGCUUUUGAAUACAACACUCAUGGCUCAUGGCAGCUGCAGCCCAAAGUAAGAAGAAGAAGAAGAGUUUGGAUCUGAUAUCCCGCCUUAUCACUACCCUCAAAGGAGUCUCAAAGUGGCAAAUAUUCUCCUUUCCCUUCCUCCCCCACAACAAAUACUCUGUGAGGUGAGUGGGGCUGAGAGACUUCAAAGAAGUGUGACUGGCCCAAGGUCACCCAGCAGCUGCAUGUGGAGGAGCGGAGACACGAACCCGGUUCACCAGAUUACGAGUCUACCGCUCUUAACCACUACACCACACUGACUCUCAGUCAGCAAAGCAACUGGAGAGCAUCAGCCUAGAAAGCAUGGGUCCAAGCAGUUUUCCCCCUUGCCUCGCUCUUUUCCAAGGGAGAACUCACUCUUUAGCAAUGCAUUGGAAUAAAUGGCAAUUUGGUGAAAACCUGAAUUGCCAUUUGUUCCAAACAAGUGCUAAAGAGCAUUUUCCCCCAGGGAAGAGCAGCAGGACAAGAGGAAGUGUUUAUAAGCCCUUAGAGCAGUGCCUGGAAUGAACUAGUUCAGAUUAAUUAAUUCAUUGAAUUAGUUCAAAAUCUUUGAGAUACAUCAGGAACUAGAGGAGGAGACUCAUGAAGUCUUUUCCAGAUCUUUCCCCUCCCCCUUCAUCUCUGCUGUCAGGAACUUAAUGGGGGAAGCAGGGAUACUUGGAAAAGGCUUUGAGCAAACAGGAGCUCAUGAGCUGUCUUAAAGGUUUUGCAAAAGCCUCUUUGAGGUAGCUCCCCUGAGCAAGCUUCUUCAAAGGGCGCUUUUGCACAGCCCUUUAAUGGUGAGCAGAUGAGUGAGGAUAAAAUCCUGCUUCCUUGGGAACAGGAUUGCAUAGCCAAGGCAGGAUUAAACCCUGCCCUCCCACCCAUCAGCUGAUGUCAGCUGCUGUUGGUGGGUGAGUGUGGUCUGGGGGAAAUGAUAUCAUGUGCCAAAUGGACUCCCUGGCAGGCCAAGAUUGGCCUGCAGUCCAGAGGUUCUUCAUCCCUGGUGUAAACAGAACCACAAGGGCAUUCUCCAGUGCCUAUGCUGAUGUUUCGAAAUGGCAGGGCCUCUAGGGAAAUAACAGGGCCAGCAAGAAAGAAAGUGUGCAACUGGGUGAUUGCUCAGGGUUUUUGUGCAAGUACCUGCUCAGCUUUUGUGCGCAGGGGAAAGGGCUCUGAUUCUAAUACUUCUAGAUUGGUGCUAAAUCACAUAGACAGUAGGCUAGGGAGAAAGCUACUGUCUACUCAUAGCUUUAAUGGAAUGAAAAAUCUCAAUUGAGUUUGUGUGGUACAGUAUAGUUAUUUAUUUAGCUAUCUGUUUUUUGAACUUCUAGUCUGCCAACUCAGCUGAAAGAACUCUCUAGUACACCAUUUAAAAAUUACAUAGUAUGCAAUAAAAUACACAUAAAGUCUCUUAAUGGAUAAACAACCAUAAAAGUUAAUAGAAAGCAAGGAAAACAGCAGAAAUUAAAACCACUUGAUUUCUCGGCUCAAAAAGAAAGAGACCUGUUUCUAGUGAUCCAUCUUCUAAACCACUGAUCUCUUUUUCAAGCCAUCUUCAGCACUCUGGAAAUCAUCCAACCUAUCACUGUAAACCUGAUGAAAAGAAAAGAGUUCUAUUAUUUUCCUAAACUUUCCAGUUGGCCAAUCCUGGUGAGUUUUUCUUGGGAGAGGAACAUGCCACCCCUGAAAAGGCCCUGUUAGUAGAUUCCAGUUUGACCUCAGGUGUUGAAGAGAUCUGAAGCAGAGGCUUUUCAUUGACGUGUGAAGCGUAUAGACGGUGCAUAUGGGAGCAGCAUGUUUAGGUGCCUCUGUGUGAUUUGUGCAUGUGUAUGAGCACCUAUGUGCAGAUGGCAUAGCAGCACUUACUACUAUCGCAACCUUUUCUUGUAGGCAAGAGCUGCAAAUCGUAUGAAAGUCAUGGAGUUUUUAUGUCAGCUGGAGGCCUAAUUUGGUAAGGCUUACGCUUUGAGAAACAACCACCACCAAUGUUUUGCGGUGUGCAUGUGGGUCAUUCGCUCCAUGAGGAAUGUUUGGUUUGGGAAAUGGACUGAGUUGGGACCACAGUCCUCUGGUUUGAGUUCAUAGCAGCAUAUAUCCAUCUGUUUUAUCAUUACUUGGUGGGCUAAGGUGUCUUGCAUGCUCACUAAGCAGAUGGCUAAAUACAGUCAACUUUGAAAGCACCAAUUCGGGGGAUCUCAGGAUUUCGAAAAUAGAUCAUUGCCAUCAAAACUAACAUCACUGCCCGUUUGGGAGGACAAUCCUUGUGUGCACUAGUCUGUAAAGGCUGCAUCACAUGUACACCUAAGGUUGUGGUAAACACACACACACACACACACACACACACACACACCCCGAUUAUAUAAUCCCGAUUAUGUAAAGUGCAAAUGGGACUGGUGGUUUGAUUCAAGAGUAUCAUGCUGGUAAGCUUGCCAUGGAGGCUGGAUUGGCCAAGACUCCCUCUUGGAGACAAAUGGGGUGUUCUGCUCUGGAGUAUAUGAAACCGCCCCAGGGUGGCUUUUCCUCAAGGAAGGCUGUGAAAUCCUCCUCCUUGAAAUUUCAGGCCAUGUCUUAAGUUAUUUGAAACAUGGCUCCAUACUGUGAAGCAAGUUUCUCCUUGCUUCAUGGGCAUGUUGAAAUGAUUUCUGCUACUUAUCUCUGUAUAUUCAACAGUAUGCAAACACCUAUGGGCAAUGAUCCUGACUCGUUAUGGUGCUUUAUAAAUGGAUUACAUCAUUCUUUUGGCUGUCUGCUGAAGCAACAAAGUUGCCAGCUCAAUUUUUGCACUGGAUUUCUGUCAUUCUGCAGCCCAACCUCCCCUCUCUACUCACCCACAUGUUACAAGGGCAGAUCGCUUGUGUUUCAAAUUAAUAGCUGCAUUUUUAAAAGCUUAAAACAAGAAAGCCACGUUUUAUGUAUAAAAUGUAUCUUAAAGGAAUACCAAUAUUCAGUUGAGCAGUAUUAAACAGAAAGUUCAAUCCCACAGAGGUUCAUGUCUCCUGACCAUUAUCAAUAAUUUUUAUGACUAGCCAGUGAGAAAGUAGAGAGUACACUUGUCAAAUAUGCAUGUGAUACAAAAUUUGGAAGAACUGCAAAUGCAAUAGAGGAUUUUAUAUACAGUUUGAGAAAAUACUGAUAGGGUAGAACUCUGGAGUGCAAUGGGUAAUUUUGGGUGGCUGUCAUUGUAAAGAGGAAAUGUCAACCACUUGCACUCAGACAGUUAUCUACCUACCUACCUAUUUAUCUAAUAUAUUUUCCUGAUUUUCUUUAGAUACUUGGAGCUUCCCUGAGGCAAGAUGGGGAGGAAAGGCACACAUCGCUGCAAGCAACACAGAUAACAAUUGAAGAAUGCAAGCUUAUGCUCACUGUUUUUAGUAAAGAGAGUCUAUUUUCUUAUUUUUUUUAAAAAAAGAAGAAACUAAUGCUUAGCAAAGCACAUUGCAAUACUUCAGACUCGGUGCUCAUACUAGCCUUUUGAAUCAAUUUGUGUUUUCAGGAAGGAACGUGUGGUGAUGAAAUGAACAGCUGUUCUCAAACCACAAAUGAAAUUGCCUUAUAGCAAGUCAGGCCAUGGAUUCAGUGGUGGCACAGCUUUGCAGGGUACCAGGCAGAAAUCUUGCCCAGACUUGCUAUCAGAUAUUAUUUUAACUUCAGUUGCUGACUAUUGGACCUGAGACCUUCUGCAAGCAAAGCAAAGUGCUCUGUUGCAGAGCUACUGUGUCUCACUAUAGCUCAGUGGCAGAUGACUCAGGGCAGGAGCUUCUUCACAGAAAUCUAGACACAGAAAUCAAGUUUCACAUUUCAGCGGGGGCUACCGUUUUUCAAAAGAUGAGAUAAUCGGGAAUUUCAGGGAGAAGUAUCAUUUUUAAAACCAAUCUUCUAAUGCAGUGUACUGCAUUAGAAACCUGGUUUUAGCUUUCCUCUCAAAUUAAGUGGGGGGGCAUACACACAUCAGAUUGCUUGAGAGAAUUGUGGGGCUUCCAGAAGGGGGAAAAAAUAUUUAAAAUCUAGAGAAGGCAGCCCUCUCAAAAUAUAGUAUUUCACAAGAAAUGACAGGAUAUAUAUGGAUUAUGAAGAAGAAGGAGUUUGGAUUUGAUAUCCCUCUUUAUCACUACCCAAAGGAGUCUCAAAGCGGCUAACAUUCUCCUUUCCCUUCCUCCCCCACAACAAACACUCUGUGAGGUGAGUAAGGCUGAGAGACUUCAGAGAAGUUUGACUAGCCCAAGGUCACCCAGCAGCUGCAUGUGGAGGAGCGGGGAAGUGAACCCGGUUCACCAUAUUACGAGUCUACCGCUCUUAACCACUACACCUCUAAUGCCAUGUGUAUACUGCCUCUGAAACCAGUGAUGGGAGUGUACAGGUUGCAGAGUAGGCAGGAGUGUAAUGCACAGCCCCAGAACGUGCUCAGUCACAACAGGAUAUUGAGUGUUGGUUGGAGGAGAAAAACAGAAAACCUGGGAGUAUGGCCAGCUGGCCCCUAAACCUGAGGACUCCUGUUUGGAGAUGAGAAUACACUCCACCUGGGAUGGGUAGCCUGUGGCUCUCCAGAUGUUGCAGGGAAACAACUCCCACCAUCCCUGACUCUUGGCCAUUCUGGCUGGAGCUGAUGGAAUGCCUUCCCAUCAGAUGUCACGGAGAUAAGUAACUAUACAAACUUUAGAAGAAAUAUGAAGGCAGCCCUGUAUAGGGGAGUUUUUUAGUGUUUGAUUAUGUUUGUAUAUAUGUUGAAAGCUGCCCAGAGUAGCUGGGGUAACCCAGUUGGAUGGGCAGGGUACUAAAAAUAAAAAUUAUAAUUAUAAUUAUUAUGGGGUUUGAAGUACAGGAACAUUUGGAGAGUCACAGGUCCCCUUCCCCAUGCUACAACAUUUUGUUGAAGGUCAUCACUUGGAGGGUCCCGCUUGCGGUGGUGGUAAAAUCUUGGUAAUUUGCAAGGAAGUCAAAAUAAUGCCAAAAUUUGUAAGCAUCUUUCUGUGGGCUCUUGCCUAAAGAGAAAUCUGAGAAAUAGUUGAAGGAGGUGGCAGUGUGGGCUAAACCACAGAGCCUAGGAUUUGCCGAUCAGAAGGUCGGCGGUUUGAAUCCCCGUGACGGGGUGAGCUCCCAUUGCUCGGUCCCAGCUCCUGCCAACCUAGCAGUUUGAAAGCACGUCAAAGUGCAAGUAGAUAAAUAGGUACCGCUCCGGCGGGAAGGUAAACGGCGUUUCCGUGCGCUGCUCUGGUUCGACAGAAGCGGCUUAGUCAUGCUGGCCACAUGACCCGGAAGCUGUAUGCCGGCUCCCUCGGCCAGUAAAGCAAGGAGUGCCGCAACCCCAGAGUCGGCCAUGACUGGACCUAAUGGUCAGCGGUCCCUUUACCUUUACCUUUCAGGGAAGAAAAUACAUGUAGGUAUUUUGAGAACAGCGUAAUCGCUUUUGAUAAGAUUUGUGAUACUUUUCAGGGUGACUUUGUGCAUCUUUGUUUCUGCUGCCAGCACAUUAGACCUCCCCCACCACUGUGUAAUAGUGGGAGUUACUGUGGAAAUGAUCGUGAUCUCUUUGCUGUGCCUUUCAAUAAAAUCUCUGAAAAAUAUUAGCUCAGC